ACUGCCGUAGCCCCCUCCCCUCGCCUUAGCCUUGCCCUGAGUCUCCAGCCUUUGCCCCGAGUCUGCGUCUACACCAGGCAUGGGCAAACUUCAGCCCUCCGGGUGUUCUUGACUCCAACUCCCACCCUUCCUAACAGCCUCAGGUCCCUUUCUCAGCCUUUGAGACUUUUAGGAAGGGUGGGAGUUGGAAUCCAGAACACCCGGAGGGCUGAAGUUUGCCCAUGCCUGAUCCACACCGUAUAAUGAAUGCAGAUUGACACCACUUUCGAACCAGCACAGAAUCAUACUCUGCAGUAGAUGCUUCAGCUGUACUCCACCAAAAGGAAAUUCAGUCUGUUCAGCAAGCAUUGCAAAUGAUUUAUUAUCAUAGAAUCAUAGAGUUGGAAGAGACCUCAUGGGCCAUCCAGUCCAACCCCCUGCCAAGAAGCAGGAGAAUCGCAUUCAAAGCAAUGGUGGGAGUUGCAGGGUUGUUGUAUGUUUUUCGGGCUGUAUGGCCAUGUUCCAGAAGUAUUCUCUCCUGACGUUUUGCCCACAUCUAUGGCAGGCAUCCUCAGAGGUUGUGAGGUAUGGAGAAAACUAAGCAAAGAGGUAAAUAUGUAUCUGUGGAAAGUCUAGGGCGAGAGAGGUCAGUGUGAAUGUGUGGUGGGAGUUGUUGUCAUUUUGCAAGGUCUUCUUCCCAGGGCUGUAGCCAAGGGGGGGGGGGGGUGUUAGGGGUUCACCCCCCUCGAAAUUUUUCAGAUUUUUUUUUUUAAAAAACUGGUUUAUUCAUGAAUUUUAACUGGUUAACUAAAUCCCCAUGUGUAUCCACUGAAGUUUAUCUGUCUUGCGUGUCCACUGAAGUUUAUCCAUGGGGCCUGAUUUCUAAAUUAUUUUGCGUUAUGGAACUACUCUUCAUGAUUGGCUAAAAAAAGUUUCGACCCCACCCCUUCAAUUUUUUUUCUGGCUAUGUCCCUGGGGUCGAGGCACUCUCCGCCUUCCAAUCCCUGAUGGUGCUGUGGUUUCAUCCCAAAGACCCAGGCAGCAAAGGAUGCCCUUCAACAUUCCCCCUCUGCUGCCCCCUUCUCUCUAGUCUAUUCAGAGUUAUGCCCACUCUUAAGGACCUCAUCACACUAGAGCUUGGAUCCACUUUAAAUCCACUUUAGGGAGGAGCCUUUAAACAGCUCAGCCAGACAGGUCCUGGGCCUCACCAAACUACAAACCCCAAAAUUCUGCAGGAGGCAGAAACCAGAUUUAAAAUGGAUUCAUACUCUAGUGUGAUGAGGCAGUUAUUAGGUUGUAGAAUCAACACAGUUUGACACCGCUUUAGCUGCCAUGGCUCAGUGCUAAAGGAUCUUGGGCUUUGUAGUUUGGCAGAGAUGCCUAAACAAUAUUUUAAUACUCUCAAAUCAAGACAGUGAAUAAAAAACAACAUUCUGAAAACAGGGGAAUCAUAGAAUAGUAGAGUUGGAAGAGACCUCAUGGGCCAUCCAGUCCAACCCCCUGCCAAGAAGCAGGAAAGGAAUUCCAGGCAUGAAACAAUCAGGGCCAGCUAACACCUCACAACAAAGGAUUUCCCCAGGCAGGAAUCAGCCAAGCCUUGAAGCUGCAAGGCUUUUCAAUGCUAAUCAAGGUGAUCAAUUGCAACACUUGCCUCCAACAGACAAGAGUUCAUUCUCCCACCCUGGACCUUCCAGAUAUAUAAAUCCCUUUUGCCUAGUUUCCAAUAUACCUCACAACCUCUGAGGAUGCCUGCUAUAGAUGUGGGCAAAACAUCAGGAGGGAAUGCUUUUGGAACAUGGCCAUACAGCCUGGAAAAUUCACAGCAAUCCAGAUGCCUAAACACCUUGUAAAACUGCAACUCUCAUGAUUCCCAAGUAUUGAACCAUGGCAGUUAAAAAGGCAUGCCAAACAGCAUUCAGUCUACAGUGGGGAUGCAGUCACAGUUCACUGGCACCAUGGGAAUUGGUAGAUGCCGUGCCAGUGUAGCUUUUGGCUUCUUGAGCGUUACUAUUUAAAAUAUACCAUGCCAUAAACACUGUACUGAGUUGAUAUUAAAAGCAAAUUAAGACAAAUACAAACACAUUUGAUUUAAUGUAACAUUUCCGCUAAAAUUGAUUUUAUUUUAAUAUUUAUUAUGUAUUUAUUGAAAGUUUUUUUUUCUUUUUGUUUGCCAGUUGCUUAAAAGUUCCAUUUACUUGAGUUCCAGUUAGCUGAGAGUGCUGUACAACUAUGGGAGUCUACUGUACAUGUUUAACCUGCAGAAGAGAAGGCUGAGAGGAGACAUGAUGGCCAUAAAUUUGUAUGGGGAAGUCAUAGGAAGGAGAGAGUAAGCUUGUUUUGUGCUGCCCUGGAGACUAGGUUGUGAAACAAUAGCUUCAAACUACAGGAAAGGAGAUUCCACCUGAACAUUAGGAAGAACUUCCUCACUGUGAAAGCUGUCCAGCAGUGGAACUCUCUGCCCUAGAGUGUGGUGGAGGCUCCUUCUUUGGAGGGUUUUAAGCAGAGGCUGGAUGGCCAUCUGUCGGGGGUGCUUUGAAUGCGAUUUUCCUGCUUCUUGGCAGGGGGUUGGACUAGAUGGCCCACAAGGUCUCUUCCAUCUCUGUGAUUCUAUGAUUCCAUUUAAAUCAACUAUUUGCUGUGUCUUCUGUUGACAUCCUCUCUGGAGCAGAAAGUUUCCUGCUUCACUUGGCAUGCUACUAGGUGCAUUUGAAGACAAGCGUGUACUCUAUGCCCCGGAUUUUUUUUUAGAACCCUAAUCUCUGUGUGCAGUGAAUGGAAAAAGGGUUUUCUGAGAUGACUGGAAUCAAAAAGGUGUUCACUUCCGCAGAAGGCUGUGUGUGUUGUUUUGAAGCUGAAAAGGGUCAGCGAUUUCAACCCUGAAAUGCCUCGUUGUUGACAAGUGGCACGAGCGUGGCAAAGUGAUAAAGAUGAAUGGUGGCAUCGGGAAGGCAUGGACAGGAGUGCUAUAUACUCUUUGUGUGAGGCAACUGGGGAACCUUGUUCUCAUCUGUUGUGUGUCCAGUUCUUGCCUCUUCUGAUAGUAUGUAUCUAAAUAGCAACUAUGGUUUGGCACUUUCUUUCCACCCACGAACAAGUUGUUUCCCCCCAUUUUCCUCUUUUAUUGUACAAAUGGAAAAUUUAUAAAGCUGUGUUUUCUCAACUGGGACACCAGAGUAGAAAAAUGUCUCUCGGUUUGUAUUUUGACAGUAGUCUAUGGUCCCCUAGCUUUAAUUUAAUAGUUCAUGUCGCAGGCAAUCACGAUUCGGUUUUGAUCAAAGGGAUGCCACUUGUACAAUCUCCCUCAAGCUUGUCCCUAACUCUUUUCACUUUUCCCCAAGCACAUUAAAAAGCUCAGGUUUGCAACACAAGAUUGGUUCACAAUGUACCAUUUGUUCCCUUGAGGCAGUUCAAGUGUCCGUUUAUAUAAAAAUGAAGCUAAACUUGCGGGAAGAGGCUGCCCGUUCACCUGUUGUUCUCUGGUUUAUCCCCGCGGUGUUGAAAUGAGACAGUUUCUCUCAUCUAUAUCUCCAGUAACCCGGCUCCUUUUCAUUGCGAAUGUCUUUUAUUUUCUGAAAGGUAAUUCCACUUUCACGACGUCUCUUAUGACACUCUGCUGCAGAUUUUAUUCAGAUAAGCUGAGCCACUUUCUUUCACAGCAGUGUUGGUAUUAACUGGACUUCAGUUUUGAGAGAAUAAGGACAAUACAGGCUGACUCUGAAUAAUGCAGAUCCCUUGGAGCUGGUUCUUAGUGAGCCAAAGAAAUAUAAGAGGGAACAACAACAACAAAAAGGAAAGUUUUUCUUAAUGAAGCAGUCAGUUCUUCACAAUCACACAUUUAAACUAUAAUUCUCCCUGGGUUGCUGUGAGUUUUCCAGGCUGUAUGGCCAUCUUCCAGAAGCAUUAUUUCCUAAUGUUUCACCUGCAUCUAUGGCAGGCAACCUCAGAGGUUGUGGGGUCUGUUGAAAACUAGGCAAGUGGGGUUUAUAUAUCUGUGAAAAGUCCAGGGUGGGAGAAAGAACUCUUGUCUGUUUGAGACAGGUGUGAAUGUAGCAAUUGAUCACCUUGACCACUCUAGCAACGAUCAUGUCAGAUUACACAGAGAAGUCAUUGAAAUCCCUAAGUGUGUGGACAAUUUCGACAGAAAGGAGGAAACCAUGAAAAUGAACAAAAUAAUAAUAAAACUUUAUUUCUAGACCACCCUGUCUCCCCAAGAGGGCUCAGGGUGGUUUCCAACACAUGCAAAGUAUUCAAUUGCCAAUAGAAGACAUACAACAAGAUAGACAUCCUAAAACAAAACACACAAUCCUGCUAAAAACCAUAAAAUUAAUUCCAGUUUAAUUCCAGAUGGAUUCAAAGUACCAAUGGCCAGAAUUUCAGAGUGGACAUGGUCAACUAUGAAGUACUAUGCAGUAUUAAAAAUCUGGCUACCAGUAUUAAAAAAACCCUCUAAAAUCAGGACAGUAAAUAAAGAACAACACUCAGAAAACAGGAGAAUUCCAGACAGAAAACAAUCAGGGUCAGCGAACACCUCCUAACAAAGGAUUCCCCCAAUCAGUUAGCAGCCAGUCCUUGAAGCUGGAAUACCAUUCAAUGCUAAUCUAGGUGAUCAAUUGCUCUAUUAACACCUGCCUCAAACAGACAAGAGUUCUUUCUCUCACCCUGGAUUUUCCACACAUAUAUAACUCCGUCUUGCCUAGUUUCCAACAGACUUCACAACCUCUGAGGAUGCCUGCCAUAGAUGCAGGCGAAACAUCAGGAGAAAAUGCUUCUGAAACAUGGCCAUACAGCCUGAAAAACCCACAGCAACCCAAUGCUUCCAGCCAUUAAAGCCUUUGACAACAUAUCAUUCUCCCUCCUGUCCAUGGUGCUGCUACUUUUAGCUAUGCUUCUAGUGGGAUUUUAAUUGGCGGGGGGGGGGGGGGGGAAUGAAUGGAAUGAUCUGGCCAUUAUCUCUGCCUUUUUAAAAUAUGUGGAUAUAAAUCUCAUUGUACAAAUUCUGUGUUCAUGUCAGCAUUUCUCCAGGAGCCAGACUUCAUUGACUAGACUGUAAUUUAUAGACUUUUUAGGAACUUUUAAAUCAACCGAACUAAGCACUCAGAACAACAACAUCCUUUUGCAAGUCUUUUGGACAUUUUCUCUGUUUUCUCUGUUUGCCUUCUAAAUCUCUGAUAUAGUUCCUUUUAAAAUGAAUUGAUCACUUUGAAUUGCUGAUUUUAAAAACUGAUCAAAAAGUUUGUCACUGCUUUAGCCUGGCUUAUAACUUCACAACAGGUUUAAAAGCCUCCAUUGGGUAGUCUCAGGUUAUGGAACAGAGGAGUUAAGAUCACAAUUUUUAAAAUGAAAACAAUAAAUAUCAUUACUCUACUGUGAAUUACAGAAUGCUACAAUCCCCAUUUGUCUUGAUUUCAGUGUUUGCUUUGAAGUGAAUAUAGAAAAGUUUUUCAGUUAUUCAUGCAUGUUCUUUUCAGUUUGCUUGUAUUUCAACAUUUUGCCACAUAAUUGAUAUAAAACAUUUCUCAUGUGUUUCCACAAUACAUAAGAUACUCAUGUUGAAUGGAUGUAGCUUUUUUGCUUUAAAUAUGUAAAAUCUCAUUAUUAUUAUUAUUAUUAUUAUUAUUAUUAUUAUUAUUAUUAUUAUUAUUUUAUACCCAACAAGAUUAGUACACAACAAACAAGAUCACUACGCUGGCUUUUGUAUUAGAUCACAGGUCGGACACCCCAGGUGUCUAGAACUAUGUUUAUAUUGUUGUUGUUGUUGUUGCUGUUGCUGUUGUUAGUAUUAGUAUUAUUAUUAAUAUUAUUAUUACUGGAAUCAUCUUUUAACUGCCAUUUAUGUGAUGGUUUGUGAAUGCAGAAAAUGAAAUUGGUGUUGAACUGUUAUGUGAGACAAAAACAAGAGCUUUUUAUGAACCAAUGGGAUGGCUAUAGUUUUAUAUGACUUUUUAAAACUGCAAGCCAGAAGCAUCUUGCCUAAAAUUUUAAGUUAUGUCCAGUAUUGAACAUGAAAUAUAGCUUUGGAUUCCUCCUCCUCUAUUACUACUACUACUACUACUACUACUUUCCCCUCCUCUUCUGACAGCAUUGUUACUUGUAUACAUAGAGACUAUCUUUGAGAUAUGUUUUCAUUUGUGUUUCUGGUGGCUUGUGCCAAUUGUAGAGAACACUAAACUAUGAUAAUAUGAAAAUAUCCUCAAUAGCAUGGCAAUAAUUAUGAUAGUCACAGCAGUGGCAGCAUCUAGAAUCUGGUUACCUUCUCCUUAUAUCUCACCUUGCUUAUACAGUAUAGUCUGGAAUCUGGGCCAGUGUUACCCACAUGACUCUUCCUGACAACCACCAUAGAAUGAUUAUAGCUGUUCCAGCUUUCCAUAUAGAAUCAUAGAAUCAUAGAAUAGUAGAGUUGGAAGAGACCACAUGGGCCAUCUAGUCCAACCCCCUGCUAAGAAGCAUAUCUAGCUCUAUAGAUAAUGUAAUAUCAGUGCAUGCAACACAUCAAAUUAUCAAAUUUUCUCAUUAUUUGGACAUUUUCCAACACUUUGAAUGUACUUAAAUAACAAAUUUCUGAGCUAUGAUGUUAAACAUAAAGUCGGGAUUUAGCUGUGAGAAGCAUGGGAUGUAUACACACUACACAAAUAUAAUACGUUGAUGCCACUACAACUGAUAUGGUUCCAUCCUGUGAAAUCUUGGGAUUUGUGCUUUGAUGAGGGAUGUAGAAUUCUCUGUCAGAGAGUAUUUAUGCUUUAAAUAAAGAGUAGUAGUUCUCAACCUGUGGGUCCCCAGGUGUUUUGGCCUACAACUCUCAGAAAUCCCAGCCAGUUUACCAGCUAUUAGGAUUUCUGGGAGUUGAAGGCCAAAAUAUCUGGGGACCCACAGGUUGAGAACCAGUGAUCUAGAGGGUGGAUUGGGGUUUCAUAGUAGAGAGUUCUGAGUACUUCAGUAAAUUACAAAUCUCAGGAUUUUGAAGGAUGAAGCCAUGACAGUUAGAAUGGUAUCAAAGUGCUAUAAGUAUGCAAUGUGAGUACAACUUUGGAAUAAAGAAAAACUGCCUUUUCUUCCUGUGUAUUGGGAUGGGUAGAAUUGAAGGAUCUGUCCAAUGUGCUGAACCUAUAUGUUUGGAUAGGUAUAGUUGCAUAGUUGAAAAGUCUGGACUAAAACCAAAAGCAAAUAUACUUUCAUGGUAGCCACCAAGCCAAUGACCUAUCUAGCUUACCAUUUUGCUUGCAUGAUAGCCAACCAAAUGCUGUGGGAAGUUCACAUGCAGAAAUAAAUGCAAUAGCACAUUCCCACUCAGCUUUCUUUUCAUCAUGAACAAAAAAAAUAUGUAGCCAUCAUGACUAUGUUGGCCAAGGUGGUGGCCUUUAUGAUACAUUGUGGUAAAUUUCAGAUUUUAACAGUGCACCCUGUGGUGUGUUGCUACACAUUGGAUGAGAAAUUUGCUCUUGAACUAAUAGAGUGAGAUAUCCAGAAAUAUCAGGCAUAGGUAAACUUUGGCUCUCCAUGUGUUUUGGACUUCAACUCCCACAAUUCCUAACAGCCUACUGGCUGUUAGGAAUUGUGGAAGUUGAAGUCCAAAACACAUGGAGGGCCGAAGUUUGCCCAUGCCUUAGAUAGAUUUAGUUCCAUAUCUUUGUAUUUGGAAAUAGACUUUGGUGGUAAAAAAAUAUAAAGACAUGUUUCAGUGUUUUACUUUCUAGCCCUUAGAACUCAAUUUUUCCAGACAAGGAUCUUGCACCUUAAAGAUUGGCAUGACAAGCAAAACAGUGGGAUAAUGCUUUUUGAGAGGAGGGAGCAUAAUUGGAAAAGUCAGAGGUUAAGCUUUCACUUCAAACAUGAAUUCACACAGUGAUCUUUAGCAUAUUUGUUUCUCUGAGAGUGGAGAUCAAAGGUUGCUGUAACUGCAUCACUGUAUGUAAACUGUUAUGAGAAAUUCAGACAACUGUUAUAUAAAUGGAAAAUAUUAUUUGUAUAGAGUGCCCUAAAGACUCAAAUCCUAUCUGAUCUAAGCUAAGUAGGGUAAACCCUACUUGGGUGGGAGAUCAUCAAUGAAUACCAGGUCCUGCAGGCUGUAUUUCAGAGGAAAUACAUGAGUAUUUUUGCCUAAGAAAACCUUAUGAUAUCCAUAUGGACACCAUAAGUCAACAGGUGAUUUGAAGAUAUAUAUAGCCAAUCCAGAUACUGCUGUGCAUAAUUUUUUGAUACUUCAAAUUUGUGUUAGUUGUCUUCCAGUAGGGUGUAGAGAUUGGGGUAUGGUAGGGAUAAAGAAUUAAAAUAUAAAUGUCAUAAAGUCAGAGCUUUUGUAGUCAAUCAUUUUGGUUUCACCCAUGGGUCCCAAACAGAUGCUAUGAGAAGUCCACAAGCAGGAGAUGACUAUUUUUACAUCUUGUGAUAGCAAAACCCACUUUUUAACCAUGGGUAAUGUAAAGACAUAUUUCAUCUGUCCCAAUUCUGUUACCAUUCAUGUCAUUGGACAGCUCUCUGUUUUGGUUCUGUCUUAUGAUGUUGUUUAUUAUGUUUACUAUGUUUAACUUUGUUGCAUGGUGUUUUUUGACAAUUAAAUGUUUUUUAUGUUCAUGUUGGAAACUGCACGGAAUCCUCUCGAGGAGAUGGAGUGGUAUAUAAAUAAAUGGAGGACAUAGAAAGAUCCCAAAACAUUCAUAGGGAGGGGUGGGUUUAUAGCAUGAGUAAGUGAAACUGUUGAACUUGGAUAUGGGGAUCUUACCAUAAUGUUUCUUGUAGGUAAAUUGUUCCAGAACCUUUAUUGUCUUGACUGCUUUUUAAUUAAAUUUUAGAGAUCUAUAGUAUUGGUUUUCAUUUAUGUCAGAACUGUGCACAAUAUUCCAAACAUUGUUCCUGCAAUAUGACUGGUCCCUUCCAUGUCAGUGAGGCAGGGAAUCCAGUCCACAUUCUCUUCCAAAUUUUCAAAGAGUUACCUAGAAGCUGAAUCUUGUCCCCAAAGCAGAUUCAACACUAUGGAUUGCUUCCUUCACAAGAACAUACUGAAGUCCUCUUUGUAAACUUUGAAUUUGGAAUAUCAUGCUAGCAACAACAGCAAUGCUUCACUGCUCACUCUUAGCUCCAGAAUAGUUAAAAAAUCACUAGUCUUAGUAAUGGAAUCUUGGAGAACCUCAGGGUGCAAAGUGACAAUUUAGUCCAACUUUCUGGUCUCUGGUCUUUUUAUCAGUUAUGAAGCUGAUCUCCCAUAAUUGCUAAGAAGGUAGCCCAUCACUGAUAUAACAAACCAACAAUGCGGGUGACAAUGAUUGGAAGCUAGCCUUUAAGAGCUGCAUAAAUAGAUGGAAUCCAAAAUGUAUCAGUUUUUCCAGCACCGGGGGGGGGGGGGGGGCUCAUACUUAUAGAAAACCUGCCUGCUAUCCAGUCAAUAAAGAUGCAUAUUCCCUGUCGAGAAAGAAAGAGUGUUGAAACCCUGAAAGUGACUAGGAGGAAUGUGUUGUUUUCUAUGAUUAUGAUUUCAUACUGGACUUCAGCAAAUCACAGAACAUUAAUCUCUACCGUGGGAUGUAAUUUAUGGCAUGUCUCUUCUGUUAAGAUAGCAGAGUGUAACUGUUUAAGGGUCUAAAGUAGUAAGAUAGCAAUGUACAGGUUUUUCAACUGUAAAGAAUCUGGACAUUUUGAAAACUGUCAUUUUGUAUAUUUCACAGAUAAAGAUGCUUAGCAGUUGAAGAUUAAUUCACAGGGGUAUCAAAAUGGUUAGGGUUUUUACAAUUGCAUGUAAAGGACUCUAGAAUAAGAGUUUAAAGAGCCUUACAUGCAUUUCUUUUAAAUGAGUGCCAUGAAUGAUAUUACAGAAUGUUUCAGAUGUUUUUAUAACCUUUUCAGGUUCACUCACAUGUUGGGACAGGAAGAUUGAGAGCGAGAAACAUAUGAAGGACCAUUCCUGGCUCACCUUGGCCAGAAUUAAGUGCUUACAAGUUAAAUUAAACACAGUUCAAUUAAAAACAUGGAAUGAAAAUGCUGACAAUAGUUAAAAAAACCCAAUGAAAAACAUAUAAUUAAAAGAGUUAAAAAGCAGUUUAAAAGAAUAAUAAUAUUACACCUUAAAAGCUCUUUCAUUAAGAAUCUUCAAAUCUGAAAAUCCUAUUGGAAUGAUGAUGAUGAUGAUGAUGAUGAUGAUGAUGAUCUUAAAAACAGUUACACAAGAAUGUGCUACAAACAGAAUGUAACUAAGGCAUUUGUCAUCAUGGCAAAAUCAAGUGCUUCCAGGAAGAGAUGCAGUUAAUACAACCAUUUUAAGUGUUAAAUUGCACUCCUGAUCACUGCAGAAACCUAUACCUCCUGCUGAGUUCAGGCCCCAUCUGCACUGCCACAUAAAAUCCAGAUUAUCUGCAUUGAAUUGGAUUAUGUUAGUUUACACUGCCAUAUAAAUUCAAACUGGAUAAUCUGGAUUUCAUAUGGCGGUGUAGAUGGGGACACAGAUGAAAGCCAGGACAAAUGGGGAGAAGCAAGAACAAGUUACCAUUGAGGAAGAACACCUACCUUAGAGUAGUGGUUCCCAACCUGUGGGCCGCGGCCCAACAGUGAGCCAUGAGAACAAACAUCUGGUCUGCAAACCUCCUUCCUCUUUAUUUAUUUAUUAUUAAAUAUGGUUUUCUAGAUUAUUAAAUAUGGUUUUCUGUAGGCGAGCAUAUAUUUUGUAUCAGAAACUAGAGCUGCUGUGGUCUAUCCAAUGUGAGAGAAAUAAGGUCGAACAUUGUGAAAGCCAUCCACUGCAUGACUAUCAGCCUCCUCCCACUAGACUCAAAUCAAGGAAAAGCUUCAUGAGAACCACCACUCCUCUUAAUGUUCCCCCAGCAACAGCAAGAGUAUCCCUCUGGGCAGCUAAACCAGGCAAUUCCAACUGGAUGGCCCCCCACAAGUGUCUUCCUUCAGGGGCAAACCAAGAAUGGGCAACUUGGAAGUCCCUGAACAGACUCAGAAGUAGAGUAAGCAGAUCAAAGGACAACUUGGCAAGGUGGCACUACCCGGAGGAAUCCUCCACCUUGUGUGACUGUGGAGCAGAACAAACAACUCCGCGUAUGUAUGCUAUCCCACAAUGUCCUGCCUCAUGUACGGAGGAGGAGUUGUUUAAAGUUACGGACAAUGUGGUCGCUGUUGCCCGCUUUUGGUCUAAAACUAUUUAGCUGCUUGUGAUUCCUUUAUUUCAUCAUUUUUAAACUUAUUUAUUAUGCAAUGCCUUUGACAUAAAAAAAUCCAAUACAGUUUUCUGAAUCAGCACCCCAAAUAACCAAACCAAAUCUAAAGUUGACCAAAAACUGAUUCAUAACCCUUUUGGUACUAAUGUUGGAGAGUGGUCCCCAUUCAAAGUGGUUCCUGUUCAAGUGGUCCCUGGUCAAAGUGGUCCUGUUCAAGUGAUCUCUAGUCAACUGGAUCCUGGUCAAAAAAGGUUGGGAACUACUACCUUAGAGGAUACUGUAGUGGAUUGUUUUUUCCUGAGGCUACUGGGAAGGGCAAGGGUACAAAUUACUCUUGAAUGUUGAAUUCAGUUCACAUAAUGGAAGUAAGUUAAGGACAAAAAGGAAAAUUGGGAAGAGGAGAACAAAACUUGGACAUUUUUAAAAACAGCUGGAAAAAGUGUGAUGAAUGACAAAUCAGGACAGUUGGAGGGUGUUCUGCAGGGGUCUAUGAAUGCUAUAUGUUAGAACCCAAUGGCUUGGACAAAAUGGAAUGUGCAUGGUUCAACCCUCUCCUGAUAUGAUCCCAGUUGGAGAGUGGAUACUCAAAGUGGUUAAAUAUGAAUCUGAAUCUACAUUUGAAUUAAUCCUAGACACCUCUGCUAAUAAAACUGAAGGUUAUGGAAGAAUUAGUGUAGAGCUGAGCUGAUGUAUGAUGGAAGAAAAUAGGUAUUCCGUUUGUUCAGAUGCCCUUAGAUGAAGUUGAGGGAUGCACAGAAAUCCAUAGCCAUAGAAAAGCCACUGGCAUUAAUAAGAGAAACCUUUUGUGUCCUUGAAGUGAGAAAGUAAACAUACUGCUAGGUGUUUCAAAAUUAGUUCUCAAAGGAUGUGGACAUCAUAAUCAUUAUGUCAAUACAUGAGAAAAUUCAAAAUAGUUUCUCUCUUUUAAUAUAUCGACUUUCCAUAUCUAUGGAUUCUCUAUCUAUGGAUUGAACCAUCCAUGGCUUGAAAAUAUUUUUAAGAAUCAAAAACCUUAAUUUUGUCAUUUUAUAUAAGAGAAAUGACUUUGCUAUACCAUUGUAUAUAAUGAAACGUGAGUAUCCAGAGAUUCUUCAUUUCCCCUUUUCUUAUCACUUUUCAUGGAGGAUCCUGAAACCAAACCAUAGUGGAUGCUAAGGAUCUAUUGUAGAUGGUAAGAGAGAAUAGGAUAUAAAUGAUGUUUCUUCCAGAAGUAUAUUUUAACAGCUAAACAGUUUCUUUCAAGUCUGUUUCAGUUUCAUAUUUAUUCAGACACAAAUCUGCUCUGAAUGCUUUCUGAAUUGAUUUAUAAUUUUUCAAAUACACACACACACAUUUAUAUAUAGUAUGAUUUCCAUAAUGUACACAUUUUAUAUGCAACUUUUCAUGAUGUAGGGGUUUUACAUGCAAAGUUUAAGCAAGAACUGCAUCACAGAAUUCAAAGAACUUCACAGUUCAAAGUAUUGCAGUAUUUCAAUCUGAGUAUUAGUCUGGGAAGUGUGAAUUGGUGUGUGUGUGUGUGUGAAUGCUAAAAAGGGCCCUAAGCCAUUAAAACAUUUAGCAAAGCUAAGACAGUUGUACACAUAUAAAUAACAUAUGAGAUGCCUUGUUUUCUGAUUUGCAGUUAUCAAUUUACCACCCAUGAAAACAUAUUCUUGACUUGCAUGCAUAUACUAAUUUAUUGUAAAUAACAGGAAAGAAUCUAUCACCCAUCUUACUUAUGUUUACAUGGAAAUAAGCCUUGACAGCAUAAAUCCAUUGGUAGAGGUUUCAAAACUUUCUUCUACUUCCAUUCUCACUGUGUCCUAUCAUGCCACCAAGAAAAUGUUCCCAGUGUUUCCCAACCCACCAGAGGGUUUGGGGGGAGUUUUCAAGGGGCCACAGUGACAGAGGGAAAAUGCAUUAUUCCUGAGUUAUGGUGGAUCCUACUGUUCUGUUAGUGGGAAUCCAUUUCUGGAUUCCAUCCUUUGUUUGGAGUAAGUUAUGAGGAGCGCUCAUUAAAGAUUUAUCCUGACCCACUUCUAUUUAUCACAAGGUGCUGAAACUGCAUACUUGUAAUGAUGAUAUAAGUCUCUAUAGGUUACAUGCCAAUUUACAACUCAGAACUGAUAACAGUUUUGAUUGUACAGGUGCUGAAGUGGUGUGAGAUUUGAUAAUGGACCUAGUGGAAUACAGAGCAGUCAUCAAGUUCCUUUACCUGAAAGGCCACACACCAAAGGAGAUGUUCAAUGAGAUGAAAGAGGUUUAUUGUGAUGAUUCCCCAUCAUACGAUGUAGUCAAGAAUUGGCAUUGUAAUUCUAAUGUGGUCAGACUUCGGUGCAAAUAGCUCCAAUUCCAGGGUGGUCCCAUUCUGCUACUGAUGAACACACCAUCCAGCAAGUGGAGGUUGCCAUUUUUGAAUGUCAUUGCAUAACCAUUCACCACCUAGCCCAAAAUGUCAAGAUUAGUGUGGGUUCCAUGGAAAAAAAAUCAUCCAAGAUCUUCUUCACAUGCAUAAGGUAUCCACUCGCUUGGUUCCCCAGCUGCUCACACCUUUCCAGAAGCAGGAACGAGUUGAAUGCUCUCAGGCUCUAUUGACAAUGUGCCAUGGAAACCAGGAGGAUGCUUUCUACAGGAUGAAAUUUGGGUCCAUCACCUUGAUCCAGAGAUUAAAUUCCAGUCAAUGCAAUGGAAGCAUCAUGCCUCCAAAGAAUGCAUGUGCCCAACUCUCAGCAGGCAAGGUCAUGCUCACAGUAUUUUGGGACCAGUACGGAGUAGUAUUGAUGGAUUUCCUAGCAAAGGGUACCAUGAUCACUGGGGCAUACUAUGCUUCACUGCUGCAGAAAUUGUGGGAGGCCAUCAAAACCAAGAGAUGUGGCAUGCUUACGAAAGUUGUCCACUUUCUGCAAGACAGUGCACCAGUUCACAACUCACACAUUGCCCAAAUGGAAGCAUGCUCCUGUGGCUUUGAAAUUCUACCAUCCCCCUUAUUCACCCAACCUCACAACAUUGGACUUCCACCUCUCUGAAUGAAAUUAUUUUUGAAGGGUAAGCAUUUUUCAGAUGAUAACACUCUGAUUUCCAAAGUCACAACAUGGCUUUUGAAGCAACCUGUCAACUUCUACAAGCGAGGCAUUUAGAGUUGCUUAAAAAAGAUAGGAGAAGUGUGUGUCCCUAGGUGGCACCUAUGUAAAAAAGGUAAAGAUUUCCCCUGACAUUAAGUCCAGUCGUGUCCGAAUCUGGGGGUUGGUGCUCAUCUCCAUUUCUAAGCCGAAGAGCCGCCGUUGUUCAUAGACACCUCCAAGGUCAUGUGGCCGGCAUGACUGCGUGGAGCGCCAUUACCUUCCCGCCAGAGCGGUAUCUAUCGAUCUACUCACAUUGGCAUGUUUUCGAACUGCUAGGUUGGCAGGAGCUGGGGCUAACAGUGGGCGCUCAUUCUGCUCCCGGGAUUUGAACCUGGCGCCUUUUCGUCCACAAGUUCAGCAGCUCAGUUCUUUAACACACUGUGCCACCAGGGGCACCUAUGUAGAGAAUGACUAAUAACUGUGCCAAGUUUCAUUGGUCUCAGUCCACAGGAAGUGGGUCAGGGGAAAUCUUAAAUGAACAUUUCUCGUAUAGUCCAAGGAAAAUGUAUAUAGGGUUGCAGCUAUGUCAAUGAAAACAUACAUUGUUUGUUGGAAAAAGUGCUUGUAAGAUGUUCAUCCUUUCACACCUAAAUACUCUUUUCUAUAUAGGGUGUUUCAAAACAAGGGACCCACUUUCAAAGCACUAUAGCCUUCAAAUCAGGUCCAUCUUUGUGAAAUUAGAAAACCAGGCUGAUUAUAGUAUGUCCCCCAAGUCCAAACAUCUUCCUUCACAAGACGUUAAGCAAGAGGGGAAAAUGUCAUACCCAUAAAAGAAACCUGUAGUUAUUUCUCUAAAUAAUCACGCAAAGAAAUUGGUUUCAGAAGAGAAACCCUUAUGAUAAGGCAGUUUGGUAAUAAGAUAGCAUAAUGAGAUUUUUGUUGUUGUUGUUACUAUUGAAAAGGCAACGUGAGCAGCACAGAGGCAGAAUGAUAAUGCAGCUUCAUUCUUUGGCAUAAACACACUCUACAGAAUAACUGCAUUUGCUAUCUUGGAAUUGAUGCCUGUAAACUGAUAAUGUUUGAACAUUUUUAUGUGUAAGAGCUCAAUCUUGGGUGCCUGAAAGUGUAAAUCUUUAAAUCUGAGUGCUCUUGUAUUUCUUGCACUGAAGAGAACAUCUACCACAAGGUGUUCUGUAAUAGAGAUAUUUGCAGUACAAUCUUAUGUUAUAUUAUAUGAUAAUGUGAAUAUAUUCUGCCUUACCUUGGAAAGUGCCAUGAUGUGCAAAAGAGACUGAUCUAAGGUAAGGCAUGUGCUGUGCUUUUCUUAGAUUUUGAUUUUUUUUGUCUGUGCUAUGGUAGCAUGUUUCUGUCAUUAUAAAGUCCUUAUCAAAAUGAAUGGGAUCUUGAUGGUUUUUUGUAAGGUUUGAAAACGGACAGGAGCGUAUUAAAUCACAACGUGCCACCAAGCACAAAAUAAUGAUCUCCAAAGUUCCCCUUUCACCUCAGCCACAUUAGGGUCAUUGCAAUCUUCUGGCGUGUAUACUUCACAAAUCCCUCAUACUCCCUGCUGCUAUGAAACCAAAUCCUACAGUGAGAGAACAGUCAGUAGAAACAAGCCAACAUAAAUUGCUGCCAGCCCUUGAAAUAGAAAAUAGUUUUCCCGACAAACUGAGAAGCAUUUUGUGUUUCACAGUCCAACCAAAUGGCUCCCAUAAUUCUUUUUUGUCUUUGUCAUGAUCCAUCUGCAUUUUCCAUUGUGUGGCUCAGCUCGCUUUUUAAAAGCACACACUUUCUUUUAUAAGAUAUGCUGAUAACAUACAUAUUCCCCAAAAAAUCACAAGAAUACUUGAUUGUGAUGGAAAGCAAGGAAAAAAGACAGUGUACAGGUUGAAAGAAUUGGCUUGAUAUUGAACAAAGAAUAUAAACCUGAACUUCUAUAUAUAAAGGCUGGAUUGGUGUUGGAUCCAAGCUUUGAACUCACCAGGGAACCAGAAAUCUUCUGCACACAAAAUAUAUACAGUCACUUAAUGGAGUCCUUAUGUUCAGCUUGUACUCUGUGUCCUUCCAGCUACAGCAUUGCAAUGGGAAUCAAGCCUUUUUCCCAACCAACUCUUGCAGAGGUAGUUACAUCAGUGCCAGCAGUUAAUGUAAAAUUUUAUUUUAGAUAGGUGUGCAUAAUAUAUUUUUAUAGCAUUUUACCAAUACCAAACAUUCUCCAAGUGAUUUACAAUAAGUAGUUAUUCUAUCCUAAAAAGAAUAUGCAGGCAUGAAAUCUACAUCCAAGUGGCCUAAACUCAGUUAGAUUAAACCAGGCAUGGGCAAACUAAGGCCCGGGGCCGGAUGUGCCCCCCUGGGUGCUUAUCUCAGGCCCUUCUCAUUUUCCCUGUCUUCUUGGCAGGAGGACAUGCCAGCUUGCCAUGUCCUUAUGCCAAAAUUAUGUGGAAGGAAGGGACAUAGCAGCUGAGAGCCCUCUAGAGCACUCUCAGCCAUUGUGUGACUUGCCCUCCUCACUGCAUAAGUACAAUACAAGCCCUCUGGAGCACUCUCAGCUGCUGCCUGUCUCGCCUCCCUCCCUCCCAGCAUAAUGCCAAGAAGAUAGCCCAAAGAUCGGGGGGGGGGGGGAUUGAGGCAGUCACCAUGUGUCCCGCCUUCCGCCUGGCAUAAGGUUGGGGUGAGCAGCUGGGACGGCCCUGGCCUGCCCCGCUCCCUCUUGGCCUCGUCCUUUCCCGGGCCUAUGUGCUAGUCCCCCCUCCCUCCUUACCUGGCCCUCCUGGUCAGGCCCGCAAUGCAGCCCCAAGGCAAAAAAGUUUGUCUAUGCCUGGAGUAGACCCUUUGGAUCAUUUUCUAGAUGGUAAGGCAAUACUUUUGUAAAUAAUAUUAUUGAUUCAGUAGGUCUACUCUACUUAAGACUGCACAACUAGAUUCUGGCACCUAAAACUGCCAACAGCAAAGUAAAAUCUUCAAUAGAAAUACUACAAAAGAUCUAAAACUUUAAUGACAAUGGAAGAAUAUUUGGCGGACAUGCAAAAGGUCAUAGUAUAGCUGCCAAACACACCACACUGUUGCCAUCCACCUCAGCACAUUUGGCAGGGACAUCCAGAAAUGAUGUUUUUAAUAAGAUUUAAAGGUCCUGACAAGGUGUGAGAGGAGACUAUCCUACAGCCCAGGCAUAGAAUGAUCUUAUUAUACCAUCCAACUGCCCCAAAUUGGCAAGGACAUCUAUGAGUAAUUACCCACAGUCCCACUUUUUCAGCUGCUUUAAACAGAUCCUAAUUUUGUUUUCUUCCUCCCACUUUCAUUUUUCUCAUCAACUCAUUCAAGUUGCUGCAAACUGAGUUCAAUGGGCAAAAACUGAGUUCAAAGGGAAAAAAAUUCAUCAAGGGAGAGAAGACACAAGGUGGAAUCCUAUCCUUCCUAAUAGACUCAGGCAAAAGCAAAUUCCUGCAACCUUUCUGGGACUCAUUCUUCCAGUUAUUCUGGUGCCAGUCAAGCAGAAAUGCUGAAUAGACCAGCUGUACUGACACUGAUUCAAUCCAGUUAGGCUGAAACUCAUUUGGACCAGCUGGACAGUUGCUGUGGAAGAUGACAGGGGACCUUUGUGUUGGCACCUUUGCCAACACAACCAGGAAGGAGGAGGAGGACAAGAACACUCUUUUCCCCUCAUCACAUGCACGCGCUAUCACAGCAAAGGUGCCCUGUGAAAGCUUGAAAGCGAGGAGUUCCCUGGAGCUCUCCAGACAUCUGCCAUGAUGACGAAUGAGACAUAGUCCUGAUCCAUUCCCUUUUCUGGAGCAUCCCUUGAGUUUUAUUGACACAGAGCUAAACAGGUCCACAUUAAAGAUUGGAUAUCUCUGGAUAUUGUCUGGAUAUCCAGGGGCAAUUUCUAAACCAUUUUGGGUCUUACAGUUAGUGUAGACAAGCUCUUAGCUUAUUUGUGUUGCCUCAUUAAUACCUUUUGCCAUUUUGACCACAAAUUGAUGUUGCUUGCCUUCAUGUGUCCUGGUUUUCACCUGUGAAAUGUUAGCACUACUCUCAGGUUUUGUUUUGUUUUUUCGUGUCAGGAGCAACUUGAGAAACUAGAAGUUGCUUCUGGUGUGAGAGAAUUGGCCAUCUUCAAGGACAUUGCCCAGGGGUCACUCAGAUGUUUUGAUGUUUUUACUAUCCUUGUGGGAGGCUUCACUCAUGUCCCCACAUGGAGCUGGAGUUGAUAGAGGGAGCUCAUCCACGCUCUCCCCAGGUUGGAUUCAACCGGCAACCUUCAGGUCAGCAACCCAACCUUCAAGUCACUAGUCCUGCUGGCACAAAGGUUUAAUUCACUGUGCCUUGCCUUCCUGUUUUGGUUGAUGUAACUUUCCAGACUGUUUUCAAGGACACUUUAUUUGUGCAUAAUGAAUUUGUUUCUCCACAAAGAGAAAUACUAUGAUAUAGACACCUACCGCAAGGCUUUCUCUGUCUUGACAAGGUUAGAGUCUAGCCUAAUAAACAUCAUUCUAAGCCAAUGAGGCUGUGUUUGCCAACACUGAAUCUAUGAACAUGCCCAAACUGUGAAACAGCAACCAAUCCCCACUGUGAUGGCAAACUCAUCAAAACUCCCAGCCAAGAUCUCACAUUUUUCAGAAAUAGAAAAAAAAAUGGAAAGAUUUUGAUCUUCUAAAUUCAUUGGGAUUUAAAAUGCUUAACUUAAGUUGGGUCUUCCCACCAAUUGUAAAACACCAGCAUAGACAGAAGACAAGACAACCAAUGGCUUUCUACUGUAAUUGCUAAAUAGAACCUUCCUGGGCAGAGGCUCUGUGCUUCUGAACAACGGGUGCUGAGGCAAAUGACAGGAGGAGCCAAUCAUUUCAUGCCUUGUCUGUCAAUUUCCGGCUGUAUCUGGCUUGUGACUGCUGAAACCAAUUUUCUAAGACCAUAUGGACCUUGGUCAGAUCCAGAAAUUUAGUUUUUUCCAUGUCCUUUCUAUCAUUUCACCUAGAUGAACUAUUUGUAUGUUGCUGCAUCAAACUUUAAUCCAUACUAAAGCAUUAUUUGUUUACAUUGUUAUUCUUUUUGAAUAUAUCAGGAUUUAAUUCAGAGCUCUGUAGCAAGUGGCUACCGGUAAAGUAUAUAUGUCAUGAGGGCAUAGGAAUACCAUUUGUACAGUAUGACAUAAUUACUAACAACAUUGCUUUUUUGUAUAACAAUUAAGAUUGAGGAUUGAGAGGUAUCUUGUGGUGGACUCCCCCUCUAUACUUCUAUAUUUUAGAAGAGUUUUGCAAAAUAAAAAUACCCUAAAUAGCAUGUUUUUCAAGCUAUAGUUAAAUUUGUUGUGCAGCACUGGCACUGUACAACACUGUGCAUCUGUGGAGCUUCUGAUGGCCCAUGCAUGUCCAUUUUUCAUCCCACUGACCCUUCUGGGACACCCACCCCCUUUUUAUCGAACCAAGAGUGGACAUAAAUCCAGUUUCCAAAAGAUGCUCUUUUGUUGAUUUUAGAGGUCAGUUUUUAUGUACUGCAGUUGUGCUCUGGAAGAGAGGACUUCAUAAGAGAACAUAUUGCGUCCCCUCAAGGAUAUAGGGCGGAAUGCAAAUAACAUUUAUUAUUAGUAGUAGUUUAUUAUUGGUUAACAUGUAUACAGUGGACCCCACAGUUCUCAUCCUUCCCUUAUGCAGUUCCAAUCUCAUGGACAGGGAGAGUGGUUCAUGCUCUUUUAAAAGAUGCAACAAAGAGAGUGGGAUCACCAAGUAUGUCCUUGUUUUCUAUUCUCAUGUAGUGGAAUCAUGUACUGGGAGAAAGUAUGUAGAACUACUCAUCUGCCAUAUAUACAUCUAUGUCUCUUGAUUUCUAGGAAAUCAAAGCUCUGCUCAGGUGUUAGAAAAGGGGUCAAGCAAACAUAUGAAGAAGGAAAUACACACACUUCCUUGAGUCUCCAUGGGGAGAAUACAAUUAUUUUAAUUUCAACCCCUCCUCAGCCCUAUCUAUCUUCUUGCUUCUGCAUUCUCUCCUGCUCAUUUCUCUCUCUCUCUCUCUCUCCCCCUCCCUCCAAUUUAAGAAUUUUCUAAAAAUCAGUAGAUGAUCCAAACGUUCUGAAACUUGGGAGGCUUGUAGUUAUAAAUGUGUCCUCAGAGUGUGGUCAUUUUUGUUCCAGUAGCCCUCAAAUCAAAUCAAAUCAUUUAUUUUGGUCAUAGACCAGCACAGGAAAUAAAGGUCACAGUUUCAUACAGACUUGAUAUGUUUAGUACAUUUAAAGUGUAAAAAUAGAUACUGAAGCACAAUAGGGGGGGGGGGGAGAGAAGCAGAAGGGGAAACAGGAUAAAAAAUACAAUGCACAGGUCAAUCAGCAAAUUAUAGACUUAAGAGAGGUGAUUACUGAAUACAUAGUUAACUUUUGAGACCAGUAAUUCCCCGACAAGUCCCAGUAGCCCUAAAAAUGAUAGAAAGAGGAGCCUCAGAAGUUCCUCCAUUGCUGCCAAUGGGCCAUAUCUUCCUGGAAUGAAAAUGGUACUUCCAGCUGGCAGAACAAGAAACAGUAUUUUUCCCUUCCUGAUUUCAGGAAAUUCCUGAAAAACGGAAGGGGGGCGACCAAAAAUUGGCACCAAAAAUGGCAUGAGUUCUUUCCCUAAUUGCACACCUCUACUGGUUUUAAUAAUUUGUAAACUGCAUAGAGUUCCAUUCACAUAUUGAGAAAAAGGCAAUAAUAAAUAAUAUUUCUACUCUUUCGAAAUUAUUUUGCGCCAGACCCCCUUCUCUCUCUCUAUCUGCCUAUCUGUUAUCUGUCUGUGUCUGCAAGAACGAACCAUAGUAUGGAAAUGGCUGACUGAGAGGUUCAACUGCUUGGCUCUUGCUGUUUAAUCAGGAGGAGGUGAAUUAAAAUGCCCUACUUCAGAGUCUCAUGAGACUCAAAGGCAAUGAACCUCUCUCAGUAUUGAGAAACAUUACAGUGCAUGAAGGUGAAGCAACCUGCUGAGUUUUGGCUCUGAACAGACAUAGUAUAUAAAGCAAGCUGCUUUUGCCAUUGUGUUCUCUAAUGUCAAAGCAGCAGGAAGACACAUGGGUAGUUUGGCUUGGAUGACUUAAAUUCAGGGAAUAGUUGUAAUAUACACAGUAUUCCCUAGUCUUUGAAGACUACAGACCAAAAUCACUCAUCAAGUGAUUCCUAACUUUCACUAGGAGUGUAUACUUCAGUGCUUAGCAGCAAGUAUCUGAUAGGUUCCACUUUAAUAUCUUUUGACAUUUGAAUCUCAGUUACAGCUAAUUUCAUGUUGAGCAAAGAUCUGUUAAAUCAUAAGAAAAGAUAAAAAAUGAAAUGGGUGAUUAAAUCAAAACACAUUCCUUUGUUUUAGAUGUACACCAUCAAACAUAGAAUAAAUAUAUUCAUUUGGUUUGGGGAUACAUUUUUAUGGCAAUUGUGCCUGGUAAAUAAAUAUAUGAUUAUUAGAAGCAAAUACUUUGUUUUAUUAUAAGAUUAUGUUUCUAUUUUUAUAUACACAACUUGGCUAUAGAUUAGUGCAGACCUAUUGAAAUCAGUGGGUUGAUUUAGCCUUCAAUUGAUCUACUUUAAAUGUGGAGGUCUUUAUUAAGCCUUAGUUCUUCCAUGCAACUAACAAUUAUAUGUGUGAGAAGAUUGUACAUAUUGGGGGUAACCAGUUCUAAGCUGAAUGUAAUAAUAUGACAAGAGUUAAUUGUUAAAGCUAAAUUCAUUACAGAUGACGAAUUCAAGGAGUGCUUUAUAUUGGAGUGUUGUGUGGUUUCUGGGCUAUAUGGCUGUGUUCUAGGAGCAUAUUAUCCUGAUGUUUCACCUGGAGCAUUAUGUGGUUUCUGGGCUAUAUGGCAGUGUUCUAGCGGCCUUUUAUCCUGAUGUUUUACCUGCAUCUGUGGCUGGCAUCUUCAGAGGAUGCCAGCCAUAGAUGCACGUGAAAUGUCAGGAGAAAAUGCUGCUAGAACAUGGUCAUAAAGCCCAGAAACGAUAUAACACUCCAGUGAUUCUGGCUGUGAAAGCCUUUGGCAAUACAUUGUGCUUUUUAUUAAUACAUUGGUUAUUGUACCCAACUGAUAUGGAGAAAAAUAAAAAAGGUUUUUUAAAUAACUUCAUAUAGAGAUUUUGGGUUUGAAGCAGCAGAUUUAGCUGUGAAAUGUUUUCUGCCUUAGCACAUAACUAAACAAAUGUUUAAUAGAAACACUAAUAUCAGAAUGAGUGCAUUGGUGCCAAUUAGGUUUUUAUUAGCUUGAUCACUGGAGCUGACUAACUCAAAUUUUAAUUAAUCACUGUACUGGGAAUUGUUAACAAACUGACCACAGGUUGGGAUAGUUUCACUCAUUGGCAUGACAUUGAGCCAUUUGGGGGGGGGGGGGGGCUUUUGAUAUUUGUUAUUGUGUGCCUUAAAGUCAUUACCAAUUGAUGGGGAUUUUAUGGUGAAAUUAUCACCAGGUUUUCCUGGGAAGAUCUGGUGAGAGUGGGGUUGUCUUUCACCUCCUCCAAGGUUGAGAGAAAAUUAUUUGCUCAAGAUCACCCAGUGGCUGAGCAGGGAUUCAAACCCUGAUCUCCAGAGUAAUAAUCCAAUGCUCAAACUGCUAUACUGUACUGAAUUAUUAUAUUAAUAUUUUUAGUGUUCAAGCUAACAUAGUACCCUGUUUCCCCGAAAAUUAGACAUCUCUUGAAAAUAAGACCUAGUAGAGGUUUUGCUGAAUUGCUAAAUAUAAGGCCUCCCCUGAAAGUAAGACCUAGAAAAAAUUUUGUUUGGAAGCAUGCCCCCCAAAAAGAACACCAGAGCAUGCAGGAUUGGUAAAUGUACAUACCAUAAUUGUUGUACAUGGAAAUAAUGGUAGUAACAAGACAUUCUUGAUAGGAUUCACAGUUUGUCUGGUUAUGCUGGUUUGUGAUGACAAUUAUUGUGCAGUAUAUAAUAAAUGUUCAUUUUUUUGUUCAACAAUAAAUGUGAAUUCUUCUUCAUGAAAAAAUAAGACAUCCCCUGAAAAUAAGACCUAGUGCAUCUUUGGGAGCAAACAUUAAUAUAAGACACUGUCUUGUUUUCAGGGAAACUAGGUAUAAUAAAUCUUUGAUUUGAAAAUAGGAAUUCACACUUAGUGGAAUAGCCAGGAGUAACACCCCACACCCUGACCCAACUCUCAAGCCACGCACCAGCAUCCAGAAAGAAGAAAGCAGCGGCAAACUGUACCUGCCAGCAGGUUGAGCGGUUAGUUCUAAUGUGUAAGAAAUGUAAAUGCAAUUAUGGAGCAUUAAUUGGGGAAAGAGAAAUAUUAGCUAUGCAUUUCACAUGGUGGUCCAAAUUGGCCAGUGGAAGGGGAUAAGUCUGUGUCUAAAAUACAACGCUGCAUCACUGUUCACACUAUCUUAACUAGUUUCCAUGUAACAAUCUAUUUAAACCACCUUUACUUUAUCAAGCCUGACUUAAGACUCUGCAAAAAUUAAAUUGCAUUUCCAGGUCAAAACUCUGCGGUCAAACCCUUCUGCAAUAACAGCAUGAUCUUGACAAUAAAUGUUAUCAUUAUCACCAGUAAAAGAUUCCUAUGUAUAAAUUAACCCAAGAUAGGGCUUCCAUUCACCAUUCUUCCAUUGGGUGUGCUUCUUCAACAUUCACUUGAGCAUAAAAUUGAAUUAGUCUCACAUGUCUUGAUGUCCUUCUAGAUAGUUUCAAAAAAGGAAGGAUAUUCUGGUAAUUAUAUUUACCAGCAAGAUGAGUAAAGAAACUGGAGAGAGCUUCAGAGGAUACAAACUCUUUCUGAACAAAUCUUACCAAGAAAACCUCUUGGUUGAUUUUCACUAGUUGGUUCUGCAAGGUCUGAUUUUUCCUAUUUGUCUGCUUGAUUGAGGUCUCCAUACAGCAUAGAGAUAUCAUGUUAAGGCCAAUUGUUGGGACAUUUCUGUAGUCAUUUCUUUCACCAUAGACUUCAGAGUGUUGCCUUUACCGUUAAAUCUGCCCACUGAUUUUCUUUGAUAAUGCUGUCUUAGAAUCACCAUAAGUCGAAAACAGCUUGAAGGCACAGUGACAAAUCCUAUAGUGGCUUUCAAAAUGAUGGACCCAAUUUCCAAACAGUAUAUUUCACAAUGGCAACAUGUUACGAUUCCACAAAAAGUUACAAAUGGUUUAAUCAGUUACAAGUUUUCCUCUGAAGUACAUUUGUCACCAUGUGUUCUUCCCCUUACAUAAACAGCCUGUUUUCCUCACAGUGUUGGUAACAAUGAAUAACUAAUUCCCAUGUCAGGUCCCGUCCCAGUGUCAAUUGUUUUUUUUUGAUGCACUUUAUCUCAUCCCUCAGUUGAGAAUAACCUCAUUGUUUAUCCCACCCGAGUUCCUCACAAAAUGCAACACUUUAUCUUUCUAUCUCGCCCAUGGGUUUUACAAUUUUCAUGCCUCGCACUUUGACCCAGCUUGCUCUCAUUUAAUUUUUGUACUGUUUUCAUACUCUUUUCUAUUAUGUUAUUGUUAUUAUGUUUUGUUUCACUAUGUUAUUGUAUAAACAUUUUUACUGGAUGCUGUCAUGUGUCUUGUAAGUAUUUUCUUUUAUUGUAAUUGCUUGGGAUUGGUGCCAUGUUAGCUGUCCCAAGUCCCUUUGGGGAGAUUGAGGCAGGGUACAAAAAUAAAGUUAUUAUUAUUAUUAUUAUUAUUAUUAUUAUUAUUAUUAUUAUUAUUAUUUUAUUAUGACACAGCAAACAAGAUAGAUAUGCUGGAUUUCGUUUCACAAAAUCACAAGUCGAACACUUCCCAAGUGUCUAGGACUGUGUGAUGUAUUUUCGGAUGAUGCGUGCAGAUCCCAGUAGGGUGGCCUUUUGCAGUGGGCAGAUUGUAAUUUUGUCAAUGUCUAUUGUUUCCAAAUGCCGGCUGAGAACUUUUGGCACGGCACCCAAUGUGCCAAUCACCACCGGGACCACCUGUACUGGUUUCUGCCAGAGUCUUUGAAGUUCAAUUUUGAGGUCCUGAUAGCGGAUGAGUUUUUCCUGUUGUUUUUCGUCAAUGAGACUGUCACCUGGUAUGGCAACAUCAAUGAUCCAAACCUUUUUCUUUUCCACAACUGUGAUGUCUGGUGUGUUGUGUUGUCAGUAAAUAUACAUUAACAUGAGAAAUAUAGAUGUUUCCUCCCCAGAAUAUCUUUAUUAAUCAUAUGCUGCCCAGUUAGAAAAGAUGCUUGUUGAUAAGAGGUUGUAGGGAAACUAUAUGCAUAUGUAUGAAAACAUGCAUAGAAAUAUGCGGAAAAUGUAGAGGAGGUGAGAAGGACUUCUUUUGUACAACAAAAUAGGAGGCAUUGAUUAAUGCUUUCACAUAUUUUGAUAAUAAUUUUUCAAGCUCUUGCACAGAAAAAAUGGAUCAGGGAGUUGUAUGAACUGUGAAACAGCCAAUGUCUACUGGAUGGCAUGAAUUUGUUGGUUUCUUAGUUAUUAUAAUUAUUCAAUCCUAAUCUGGUGUAAAUCUAAAUUUAGACACUAAAACAGUAAAAAAAGCAAACAAGUAGAAGUAGAAACAGCAUUAGUAUUAAAACUACAAGAUUUAAAAUACAUUUAACAAGCACAUUUUUUGAAAAAACUAGUCUUUGCCAGGCACGAAAAGGAUAAUAGGUGAACUCCUUUGUCAAGAACAUUUUGAUGAGUCACCAACAAUAAGAAGGCCCUUUCCCUAGUACUGUCCUAUUUUCCCUCAGAGGAUAACAGUAUUUACAGGAGAUCUUCUCUUCAUCGUUUUAGUGUGGAUAUUAGGCGUUUCUCCAAAGUAUGCCUGCAGAAGUCCAGUACAUGGACUGGAUGGUCUAGGAGCGCAUCAAGACUAAUUAAGUGAUGUACGGCCUACAAAAUAAUAAUUUCUAUGGUUACCAUCAAAUUUCCAGGUAGCUCAACCCUUUUUUAUUUUGACCUGGUGCACUGUUGCUGUGGAAACACUCAGAUAGAUAUUGUUUGAGUGGAGAUGUUCAUAUGACUACUUAUUGGCACAGAAUUUAAAUUAAUGGACUGCAUAAGGGCUAGGAGUGAAAUAAACAUAAAAUUGGCCCUGUGGGGAUAGCUGGCUAUCUGCCUGCACUGUUGUGCAGUUUUGUUACUCACUUGUAGAGUUGCGUGGUACUUCCCCAGGGAAAUCCAGAUCUAUGAUUUUAUUUUAAAAUCAACUUGAACAUAUUUGCCUUUUGGGUUGUGCAACAUCAAAUGCACCAAUGGAAUCUAGAAAUUAGAUUCUUGACUUCCUAUUCUUAAAUAGAAAUGUGUUUUUUUUUUUUUUAAAAAAAAGCAAUAUUCACAUUCUGUUAGCAUUCACAAAUAUAUUAAUGAACAGAUGUAAAUAAAUGAAUAAUUUAAAACAGAUGGCAGGCUUUUUAGCAAGGCAAAACGUAAGAAAAGGUAAAGCAUUCUGCUUUAGAAGACAAAUAUAGCAGCAUUAAACCAAGAGUCCACAUUUCAAUUAAGUAUGCUUAGGACUGUGGCUUGUGUCUAGAGACUAAACUCUAAGGGUUAGGUUGUUAUUAGAGGUUAGACCCUGAUCAUUUUAAGCUGAAUUAUACAUUCAAAUUGUGUAUUUGAAAUUCAGGCUGUGUCCGCAGUGGAACUAAUAUAAUGGAAUCCUCAUCAAAUGCAGCCCAAGUAUAAUCUGCCCACAAAGUAUGUCACAUCAAAUAUAGCGGGAAAUGCCUGUAAACCAAGCUCUUCUUGCUUUUUAAUUUGUGACUCCAGUAUAGAUCAUAUAAAACUAUGACAUGUAAUUCAAGUCUCUUCAGAUUCUCAGUAUGUGAACUGGAACUGAUAACAUGACAACAGGUUUACUUACAAUCAUAAAGGCCCAUGGUUUCACCCCAUGUUGUGGCAAAUCCAUGGGCUCCCAGUGCAGGGUGUGGAGAACCCAUCACUCCACACUCCGCACUGCACAAAUUGGUUUACCAUGGGGAGGAAGCAUCACUGCCCGGAUUCCCCCCAUUCCUGGUAAGGUAAAACAGGAAGGCUCCUGUGUUGGUGGUUUCCUCUCCUCUUUAAGCACAUAUCCUGGUCAGACGUGCUUUUGCAUCAUCUAAUGAGCUCCAUGUUGAACUUGGAGAGGAAGCAGUGUAUGACGGACAAACCAGCCAAACUGAUGAGGUGGUUAGACGAAUUCCUAUGCAUGCAUAAUCUGUCAAUGUGGGGACAAUUCAAGAUAUUUUAUUACCUAAGGGAAAUUACAAGAUAGUACCCCUUCUUCCUCAUUCCACCAAAUCUUCUGCCAGAAAUGUCUCAUUUCCAGUUGGUCUCAAAGGUGCAAUUAGAUAUUCUUAUGCCCUUUUAAACAAUACAGUAAGGUUCAAAUGCUUCAUAAGAUAAUGCAAGACUAGAACGGAGUGGCAUUUUUGCUGGUCACAGGUACAUGAUUCUCAGCAUCUGUAUUUGGUCCUGAAAGGUGCUUGGAGAGUAAGUUAUAAACAAAUAUAAUUUGUCACAUUGCACAUGUCAGAUAUGAUCAUAGGGCAUAUCUGAUAAGGCAUUCACUUUAGUUUCCUGGAUUUGUGAAGCAUGAGGCAUCAUGAGAUAGUCUUAACUCUUGUCUUAAAUUUAUUUAUUUCCAGCAUUUAUAUCCCGCCCUUCUCACCCGGAGGGACUCAGGGCGGCUUACACAAUUGGCAACAAUUUGAUGCCGACAACAUAGUUAAAAUAAUAACAAUAUAUAAAAUCCAUUAAGAACAAUUAAAUACAAAAUAAAAUAUAAGACAUAUGGUUAAAUCCAUUAAUCCAAGAUCCUCAUGCUUUAUCCAUAAAUCAGUCCAGGUAGUCUUUGCCAUUUAUUCAUUAAAGGCCUGAGCACACAUCCAUGUUUUUAGCUCAAAAGGGUUGGGGAUUGUCGUAUAUCUCUGGGGAGGGUGUUCCAUAGCCGGGGAGCCACCACCGAAAAGGCCUUGUCCCUUGUUCCCACCAGCCGCGCCUGCAAGGCAGGUGGGACCGAGAGCAGGGCCUCACCAGAUGACCUUAGGGAUCUUGCUGGCUCAUAGGAGGAGAUACGUUUGGACAAGUAGAUUGGGCCAGAACUGUUUAGGGCUUUAUAGGUCAAAAACCAACACUUUGAAUUGGGCUUGGUAGCAUAUCGGCAGCCAGUGGAGCUGGCUUAGCAGGGGGGGGGGGGGCGGGGUACACUCCCUGUAAGCCGCCCAAGUUAUUAGUCUGGCUGCUGCCCAUUAUACUAAUUGGAGUUUCUGGGCCAUCUUCCAAGGCAACCCCACAUAGAGAGCAUUGCAGUAGUCCAAACAGUAUGUAACCAGAGCGUGGACCACCAUGGCCAAGUCAGUCUUCCCAAGGUAUGGGCGCAGCUGGCGCACAAGUCUUAGGUUUUUGUUUAAUAUAUGGUAAAUUAGGCUCAUCUUGCUGAUUUGAUGAUUGCAUAUAAUGAAUUGAGUAAAUGCAUGCCAGUUUUCAUAGAUCUUUGUAAUAUUACAGACAGUAAAGAAUCUUACUUACUAGGCUUGGGCCUGAAUCAGUUUGAACAAAAAUGAUUUGUAGUUUUUGGUGGGUCAUUUUGUAUAAUAUCCAAAAACAUAAUGGGGAGAAGGGAAACAAAAAGCCCAGCAAAACAGAUUGAAGGAGCCAGAUUUUAUCGGUUCUAGAGAGCAAAGAGUUAAGUUUGCAAUAUACCUGAGGCAGGGAUCUGCCACAUUUCCCAGCAAAAACAGCAUCCUCUAUUUCUUCUUGGAAAAUCCCCUAUUCCUGCAGAGAGGGCCCUGGGAACUCACAUUCCCAGGAGCACUUACAUUGGGCAGUCAUUUAAAACUUCCUCUCGGAGCAUGAUGGGAGUUGAGGUUUUUCUUUCUGUGUUUCUCAGCCAAAAAAAAACCCCUGGUGGUGUCCAUGCUCUGACUGGCUGGGAAUGGGCACAACCAGUGACUAUAAUUCUCAGAACCCUCUCAUGUGAUUUGUCUUAUUUUAAAAAUGUUAUGGUUAAAACUUAAAUUAAUUCUAAAAAAAUAGUAGAUUGGUGAAUUGUUUUGAAACUUGGCAGGCCUCCAGUUGUACAUGGGGUCUAAAACUGAAGUAGGUUUCAUGCAGAUUGGCCUUAAAAUGGCUGAGCAUUCAGGCUUUAAAGUUUCCCAUUGUAGCCAAUAGGCAGAAUCUUUUCCCGAUGAAAACAGCAGAACCCCUCCCCUUUCAAAUAACUUCCCAGUAAACAGAAUGAGGGGUCAGCCAAUAAUGAACCCCAAAACAGCAUGCCUUUUGGCCAAAUUGCACACCUCUAUUAUUUACCAAAGGAUUUUGUUAUACCGUAGAGUCUCACUUAUCCAACACUCACUUAUCCAACGUUCUGGAUUAUCCAACACAUUUUUGUAGUCAAUGUUUUCAAUGCAUUGUGAUAUUUUGGUGCUAAAUUCGUAAAUACAGUAAUUACUACAUAGCAUUAAUGUGUAAUGAACUACUUUUUCUGUCAAAUUUGUUGUAUAACAUGAUGUUUUGGUGCUUAAUUUGUAAAAUCAUAACCUAUUUUUAUGUUUAAUAGGCUUUUUCUUAAUCUCUCCUUAUUAUCCAACAUAUUCGCUUAUCCAACGUUCUGCCGGCCCGUUUAUGUUGGAUAAGUGAGACUCUACUGUACUACCAAGCAAAGGAGCACUAUAAAUUGAUACUCUAACAAGACGUUGUUCAACUUUAGUUCUUUUGCUUGUCUCACUCCAUAAAUUUAUACUGAUUGCAUUUUUAAAAGCAUAUAUAUGUAUCUGUUUUAAGUAUGUUGAUUAUGUUUUUACAUGCAAAACCUAAAUCAUUUGGAGAGCUUCUUUUCUUCUCCCUAUACAUUUGUCCUGGUUUACUUACAAGAAUACAUAAUUCUUUUCUGUGCCUUCUUCACAGCUAAAGGAACAAUUUCUUCCACUAAAUUUGGCAGCGAGAGUUUAUUUGUUUCCACAACUGGAAUACCGUUCCCCCCCCCCCCCUGAAUUUUUUAAAAAAAAUCUCACCCAGACUUAGUCUGUUUGCCCCAUCUUCUCGUCCUCCAUCUGUGCAGACCACCACUGGAUAAUAUUGACACUGUUGCUGGGAUGCCUCUUUCUGAUGGACACAUUGCAAUAGAAACAAUGAUUUAAGCAACCCGAAUUGCUGCCAGAAAGCCAAGAUCAUUACUGUAACUUGACAGGCAGCAACAGCUUGAGACAGCAUGAUGUGCUGUUAGUUGUUUGAGAUACACACAUAAACACACACACACACACACACUCACAGAAUAGCUGUAUAUGUGUAUAUUGGAAAGUUUUCCUCCCCCCCCCCCCCAAGUCAAAUUUGCAGACUCAGAGAAGACAGUUUUAGGUGAUUGGUAAUCUGCAAUUUCAACAGGUUGCACUAUAUUUAAAACCUGUCAGAUGGUAAUAAUUUUAAAGAAAUAGACAUGACCUAGACACAGUAAUUAAACUAGGCAUUUCCCUAGCUAUAAAAUUAGACAGGUAAAGAAAAGAAUACUUCCUUUUUAAUACUACAGAGAUAGACCUACUGUUAUUGUGUAGAUUAUUUCCAGUUUGAAUGUGCAAGAUUCAAUUUCACUCUGGUCAGAUCAGAUCAAUUUUAUUGAAUUAGUCUGACUAUUUGAAACAAUUACAAAUAAUAGAACAACACAAUAAUAAAUUCUACACUACAAUUAUCAUAAAAGCAUUGCCUUAACAUUAUUGUUUUUAGGUGUGCUUGAGCAACUCAGCAUCUUUCCCUGCCCUCUCGAUCCUCUGCAUCCAAAUAUUAUAACCUCCCUGGAUUAGAACAAGAAUAGACUUGGCACAUGUAAUAUGAUGUCAUGUGAGAAUAUGCGCAAAGCUCUGUAAAACAAAUGUGACACUUCUACAUAAAGGCACAGAAGGUAGUUGUGGUAUGAUUUGUAUUUAUUAUGGUGCCCAGUUGGGGAUUCUCAUGAGUUGCUUUCUCUGACAUAUUGGCAAGAUCUGAGUGUUGCACUGGAUCACAUACUUAGUUGUUUUAUAUUAUAUUCCCAUAUUGUAUCUAUUUAGUGAGCUUUAACAAGAAAGGAAUUGUAGCUUCUUUUACAUAACAACACACACACACACACACACACACACACACACACACACACACAUAUAUAUCUGUGCCCAGCCAUGCAUUGCUGUGGCUUAUGGGAAUCAUUUAUUGGCCAGGUGGAAUAGCAGUGAAUAGCCUUGCAACCUCAUAGCCUGGCUAUUUUCUUCUUAUGGGAAUCCUUGUUUGGUGAACUGGAAUACAAUGAAAUAGGCUUCCUGCUUGGAAGCCUGGGUACUUGUGUUCUAGGGGAAUGGUUUUUUGGGCUGCUAGAAUUUCAAUGAAUAGCCUCGCUGUUUCAAAGCCUAACUGCUUGCUACCUAGGGGAAUCUUUAGUUGGUCAGCUUCAAUAGUACAGAGUAGUAUCGCUGCUUCAAAGCCUGGACACCUUCUACCAAGGUUAAUCCUUUGUUGGUCUGGUUGAAUUGCACUGAAUAGCCUUUCAGCUUCAAUGCCUGGCUGUGUUAUACCUAGGGGAAUCCUGGUUUGGUGAGCUGGAGUAGCACCCUCAAUCAAAGAGCCUUUGAAGCCUGGCUACUUCCUUUGUAACGGAAUCAUUGUUUGGCCAGUUUGAAUUGCAAUGAAUAGUCUUGCAGCUUAAAUGCCUGGCUGCUUUCUACUUAGGGCAUCCUUCGUUGGCCAGGUUGAAUGGGAUGGAGUAACCUCAUGGCUUCAAAGCCUGGGGGUUUUUUAUCUAGAGGAAAUCUUGGUUGGCCAAGAUGAACAGCACUGAAUAGCCUUACUGCUUGCAAGCCCGGCCACUUUCUACCUUGCGGAAUCCUUGGUUGGUCAGGUUAAAUAGCAAUUAAUAGUCUCGGUGUGGCAGGUAUGAAUGCUGCAAUUAGCCACCUUGAUUAGCAUUUAUUUAAUGGCUUUGCAGCUUCAAAGCCUGGCUGUUUCCUGGCUGGGGGAAUCCUUUGUUGGGAGGUGUUAGCUGGCCCUGAUUGUUUCCUGUCUCUGUUUUUAGAGUUUUGCUCUUUAUGAUAUCUAAAACCAGGAUAGUAAAUAUUGUUCUAUAUUAUUAUACCACAGUAAUGAUUAUAUAUUAUAUUUAUCAUCUUAUAUUAUCUUCUUAGAACUGGAUUAUAUGAGGCCCCUUCUACACAGCUGUAUAAAAUCCACACUGAAUUGGAUUAUAUGUCAAUGUGGACUCAAGAUAACCCAGUUCUGGGUUACAUAGCUGUGUGGAAGGGCCUUGAGUCUACAAUGUCAUCGAGUUCAAAUCCAAUUGUUGCCACUACAUGGAAGCUCUAUAAGAAAAAGCUACUGAAGCUAAAAGAAUCAGGACAAGAUAUAAGUUCUUUUGUACCUAAACCAACAGUUUCUUCCUCUGCAGAAAACAGCAAGCAGAAUGGAAAUGAUGACUCUGAUGAAUACAGUAACAAGGAAGACGAUCCUAAAACAGAGUUCAAGCUUGAGAAACGAGAACCACUGAAGGGUAAAAUAAAGACUUCCGUAACACUCAGACAGAGAAGAACUACUGAAUAUAAUCAGAUAAUCUGUAUUUUAUCAGCAGUGUGAAAGAGGCUUAAGUGAGGCCUAACUCUGCCUGUCACCAUUAUGGUUGAGUGGGUUGCUAGGAGAUGAAGGGGGUGGGGCCUAAAGGGGGUGGGGCCUACCCGUCUGAUCGCCAGCCAGGGAGAAAACAGCUUUUCCACAUCUUCAAAUUUGGACUUUAUUUUUCUAGGUUUUUUUGUUUGAAAGACAGAGAUUGGAUAACUGUCUUUUGUGGCCAAAUUUGGUGUGAUUGGAUUCAGUGAUUUGGUUGUUUACUCCACAAUAAAACUGCAAAUUAUAUUUUUUUAUAUAUAUAUAGAUAGAUAGGCUUUGUAAUAGUUUCUUUUUAAAUGGAUAUUCAUCUUCCUCAAUAUUUGUAAUCUAUCCUGUUUCAUAUUUGGUAAUUUUACCGACGUUCACUGUUGUUACACUUUGGAAUUUAAAGUAAUAGUCUAUUCAUAAAAGGCAGUGUCCAUUCCUUUUAGUCAUUGUGCUUAUUGUGAUAAAGCGAGAUCUUCAUUUUCAGUUCUUUCAGUUCCAAGUAUGGAAAGCACACAAGAUGUACACUAAAUUUGGACUACAUAUAUCAUUGUUUGAGAAAGAUUUAUAUUUUGAAAUUAACUUUCCCACUUUGAUUAGCAUCUUAAGCAUGUGCUUCAAGUGUGACGAAUCUGUAUGGGAAUUUUACUUUACUUCAGUUAAGCCCCUCCCUCUUGAAAGCACCACCAACAACAAACAGUAGAAACCUUCCUCACAAAAUAUGCAAGAGAUACAUUCCUUUCUUGCUGCUUGGUAUUUUAUCAUGUCUUUGUUAAAAAAAGAAAGAUGGUGAAAAAGGCAGACAGCAUAUGGAAUAAAUAAAUGCUAAUUUAGCUGAAAACAGCACAAAAGGGCGAGAAGAGUGAUGUCUAUCACAAAACAUACAAGAGGUCACUGCUAGCCCUGGUGCUCAGUAUUUCAGCUGGUUGAAGUUCAGUAAAUGAUGCAAAUGAUAAUUACUUUCUUUUUAUUGCAUGGUAACUAAAUAGCUGUGUACAAUAUCUCAUAAAGAGCUAGAGUGCUGCCCUGGAGCGCAUAAAUCUUAAGGAGCAUUUUCCCUGCCCCACUAAUAAUCCUUGUAACAUGCAAGGCAGGCAUCUUUCUCCAGCUGCCUUUUGCCCUCAUAACACACUUGAGUUUGCUACCAGGGUCUAGAAGAAAUGAGCUUUCAAUAGAAUUGGGACUACUGAUGGCUGCCUCUGAAUCAUCCUAUGUGUGCUGCUACUUGCUUUGAGUUCUUUAGUGCUCAGUGUGUUGAACAGAGUGGGCGGGUAUCAGUGGGAAGGACUGCCACAUUCCAUUGAGCAAGCAUCAUAGUGCUCCUAUCAGAUUGAAGUAUGUUGGCAAGGAAGUGGGUCAGCCUACUUGGGAGACAGUCAUCUGGUUGUCCUUCCUGAUACAGAACUAUAGAAGUAGGGUUUGAUUGUCAGCAAGGUUCGGCUUCAUUAUAUGAGUCAAAGGGCUCAUUCAUACUGAGUUGGCUACUGGCCAGAUUAUCUGUCAUUCAACGUAGACUCUUGGGGUUUGCUGUACCCAUUGCCAGUUCAUUGACAGCUGUAACUGGUGCAUGCUGUAAUCCCCUCUUGCAUCUCAAAAUAUAUUGCUGUGAAAGAUACAGCCAAAGCAGAUAAUAAAUUAAGCUAUUUUCCCACCUGCUUUUCAUAGGAAGAUCCCUAAAUGGUGUGAUAGCACUCGAACAUAAAUUGAACUAAUAAAGGCAUGCAUGGCAAGGGUUGGUUUAUACCUUUAAAUGAAAAUCCUGGAAUUAAAAAAAGAAGAAGCUAUAUCUGACUUGUGACACCAGCCCAUCUACACUGACCAUUGAAGGCAGUUUGAAAGUGGUAUUAAAGAAAGUGGUUUAUUGUGCAGAUGAUUACAUAGGAAAUCCUGGAAUCAGUUUGAGGUCUGGAUGACGAUAACAUGUACCACGGAGUACUGAUGCACAUUAGGGGCUUUCUUUUGUACACUUUUGUGGGAGUUUGUUGUCUGAAUGCCAGAGUUUAAAGCUAGCUUUGAACUGCAUUAAAUGGUCAAUGUAAAUGAAAGUCUAAACACUCUUUCAGACUAUACAGUUAUAGCACUAGUUAUAGCACUACCUUAUCUGCUUCUAUAGAAUCCUGUAGUUUGUAGCUUGGUAAUGCAUGAGGGCUCUCUGGCUGAGAAUUCCAAAUUAUCCUUUUAAAACUGCAAACAUUACCAUUCCAUAACAUGGAAGCAUGGCAACUAAAGUGGAAUCAUAAUGGUAUAAUCAUAUAAGUUGAUGAAUCUUCUAAUAUAAUUUUCCUGCUUCUUGGCAGGGGAUUGGUCUGGAUGGACCAUGAGGUCUCUUCCAACUCUAUGAUUCUAUAUCGGGCAUGCCCAUAUUAUGACAAGCAGUCUGUUCCAGUACUCUUAAACUAAUCUCUUGCCUAAAUCUUGUCCUCUCAUUUUCAUGACAUGAGUAAAAAUCUUUCUCAAAAUAUGGACAUGAAUAUAGAUUAAAAGGUUCAGGAAAGCCUACAUGAAUUCCCAGAAACCCAAUAUUACAGUUGAAAAGCCCACUAUAGUGCAAACACUUGAAAAGGCAAACAUUAUAAAAUCAAUCCAAAAUGUAUUGAACAUGAAAGAAAUGUGGUGUAACUCUCCCUCCUCACUGGAUACAAAAAACAACUUGUAUAAUUUUACAGUUACGUGCAUGAGGAGUGGUAAGAGAUAAAGCUAAAUUGACAAAAAAAAGAUCAUUAAAACUUUGUUUUCUUUUGUUCAUGUGGAAACAACUUGGAAAUUAAUUAAAGAGAGCAAGAUGCACAUUUUGAGUAUUUAUUAUGCAUGAAAUAUUUGAGGAAGGAGUCUAUCAGAUUAAUCCUGUGUACCAGUUAUUUUGAACAUUUGAAAAGGGGGAGUUGAGUAGAGAUAAUGUUGGUGGUGUUCUAGCCAGACCCAUUAUGUCGUGCAUGUGCUCAACCUUUGGAUGGAGGAGGAACACUGCACAAAGUUGUCCUCUUUUUUUGCCAGUGAUUCCACCACCCCCCUCAAAUUUUGCAAAUAUGGUGAGGCUUCUGCCAAAUUCUAUAGACCGACUGUUAGUAUGUCUCAGGAACAGAACUAUAUGAUGACAAAAUGCAGAGAAUAAAAGGAAUAUUCAGAAUAACUAUGAAAAUACAUUUUUUGAGUGUUAAGAAACCCUGACAAGAAGAAUCUUGGACUAGCAAGUAUCCUCGCUGUUCAGGACUUUUAUUUUAUUUUAUUUUUUUGCAAAAUUUGCACUUAGUUGUUUUGUGCAGAAAACAGUACUUUCAGUGCACAAAUAUUUCAAUGCAGAAAUUUGUUCCUGCAUAGAAGUCAUCUUCUGUGCAGAAAAUACUGUUAUUAGAAAAAAAAUGUUCUGUAUAAAAUCAGCACAUGGUUGAUUUACCUUGAGAAUAGUAUUUUCUGAAAACAACAUAUUUUAUGUAAGAAUCAAUAUUUUUUCAUAGAUAGAAGAUGACAACAAAAAGGAAGAAUAAAAGUCUGUGAGGAAUCAAAGGAGAAUUCAUAUGUUAUAAAUCCAAAAGAGGAGCAAAUAACAUGAUGAAAUACAAAUAAAAAGAUGGUAGAAACAAGACACUGAUGAACUAUAUAAAAAAAAUGAAAGGACAUAGAUUCAUUCAAGGAAGAAUCAUUUGAAGAUGAACCUCAAAAUUUAAAAAGUGAUGGGCUUAGAGCACUUGGGAUAAAUAAAUAGUAAUAAUAAUAAUUAUACCCCACCUUUCUCCCCAUGGAGACUCAAGGCAGCUAACAAUCCCACACUAUAAAAGGUGCAAUACAAAAGUUUAGAAACAAUUAAUUAGUAAAAACAGAAUAAAAAUACAAUACAUACACUUAAAAUGGCCUUUAAAACUCAUAGAGACAGAUGAUCAGAAGCAGAUGACAUACCAAUAGAAUUGUUUAAGCUUCAGCAACAAAAUUUACUCUGCUACUAACCAGAAUCUUCCAACAAAAAUGGAAAACAGAAUAAUGGUCCACAGAGUGAAAAUGUUCAAAAUACAUUUCAGGGAUUGGAGUAACCACAGAACUAUUGCAUUCAUCUCCCAUGCCAGCAAAAUGAUUUUAGAAAUUCUCCAUCAAACACUUUAACCAAAUAUGGAACAAGAAAUGCCAAAUGUCCAAGAGGGGUUCACAAAAAGCAGAGGCGUUAGGGAUCAUAUUUCAAACAAUCAUUGAUCAGAAUGGAAACUUUAUUCAAGAAAUCAGAAUAAAGCACAUUUACAUUAACUACUUCUCCCAUGGGGUGAGCAAAUCAGCUUUGUGGUGAUGCAUGGCACUGAUUUGGGUUAAUGUGAUCCAAGACCAUCUUAACGCAGUCUUGAACUGCAUUAACCAAAGUCACUGGUUGCUCUGAAUUCUCUUUGAGACAUAACCUUCCAGAAGAGCUCUGACAGCUAAAUCAGCUGUCGCAAUUUAAAAACCAUCUAAAGACCUACCUCUUCUGGCAGGCCUACCCAGCCAGUUUUUAAGCGUGUCCUUUAUAUAAUCUGUUUUGUGUAUUUUUAUAUGCAUUUUAUAGAAAUACAUUUAAUAUGUAUCUUUUAUAGAAAUGCAUUUUGAUAUGUGUAUUUGUGGUAUUUUUACAAUAUUAAUUGUUUUAAUUAUUCUGUAACAUCCCUUGAGCUACUAGGAGAAGCGGAUAAGGCAUACAUUAUUACUCUGGUUUCUCUUCAGAUCAUAUUAUUAUUAUUAUUAUUAUUAUUAUUAUUAUUAUUAUUAUUAUUAUUAUUAUUAUUAUUGCCCAGGCUCAGGCAAUCCAGGGACAUGGGAUGGCACUCAUGAUCUUUCCCCCAUCCCAAUUCUAUUGUAGCAGACAGAAGGCAUGACAUGCCUAGUGUUGGUCACUCAUUGCCUGGAGUGCUGCUAGCUGGAGUAAGAAGGUGAUCAAGGAAAGAGAGGAGAGGGGAGAGGAGAGAGCAAUUUCUUGCCCCUCACUCUGGUGGCUUGUCUGAUGUCACACCAGGCAGUCAAGGUAGUCAAAGUUCAGCAUCUACAAGAUCCAAACAGGGCUAUUUGUGAUAGGAUGACCUAGAAGCCUUUCUUUCCUGGAGUUGCCAGAAGCUGGUUGGUGUAACAAGAAUGAACAACAAGAGCAGUAGCAGCUGUAUCUGCAGUUCUCCUCAUGUGGACAAAAUUCACCACUCCUAGUACAACUGUCUUACUCUGCCCAUAGGGUGAAUUAGCCAUGCAUUUUUAAUUGCACAACAUUAUUUCCCUUUCUUAUUUGAUUCAUUCCCAGAAGGUCUAUGUGAGGUCAAUCCUUGUCAUUGCUAUUUUAGAGUCAGAGUCACUUACUGGCUCAAAGCCAAAAGCUAGUUCAUUGCUAUGCUAAAAGGCAGGUUUCCCUCUGUAAAUGUUUAAGUUAUGGAAUUGUUGCUAACUCUUAUUUAAGGUAUAAUUCUGUUUUAUCAGAUGAAAUUAUGAAUAAACAACAAAAAAGAAACUGUUCUCAGAAUGUUACCCUAGUAAUACAUGUCAGCGGUGUGUGCAAUACAGCUUGCAUUGUUAAAUGUUCAGUUAGGAUCAAUCUAAAAGAAAAUAGUGAUUAGAGUACAUUUGAACAUGUUAUUUCAAUAUAUUCAGUGCUAUAAUAAAACAUCGAAAUUCAGAGAUAUAUAGCACUGGGACAGUAUGCAUAGUCAUGUUUUUGACAUGUAGAAUAACUGGACCUUUAUUCAAGAUGGCAUAUUAACUUGGUAGAUGUGUAUUUUGUGUUUUAACAUUUACUAUUGUAUCUAAUACUGCAUUUCUUGGGUUAUAUAUAGUCCACUGGAGAUAAGCAAAAGUGGGUUAUGAGAACUGUGCUCAUGGCAGAUCUGUCUUCAGCACAAAAGCUGGAACGAUCUGGUACUGUAAAAGGAAAUGUAUUUUUAAUAAAAGAAACCAAAACAUACUUUGGGAAUCUGUCUGUGAGUUGUUGGAAAGUUCCUAAAUUAGAUCCUCCCUUGUUGGUAUUUUGUUUACUUUUGUUCCUUCCCAUUAUUAAUAUGUAUAGCAUAUGCUGUAUGUCGAUUUGCUUGUUCAAUUAGAAAUGGAAAUUUUGCAAUAUGUGACAAAACCAUGGGGAUACAUGUGAGUAGGAUGGAAUUAAACUGUUUUCUGCUUAAGAUGGUUCCGUAUUAAGUGAUUAUCUCAAAUGUUUAUCACAAACAAUAAUGUAUGAAUUAAAAUAUUGCUCCUAUAAAGAAUGUCCCCUCCAAUGUUAUCAUUCAGUUAAACAACCACAGAAACAAUGUCAAACAUCUCCAGCCUUUGAGAGCCACCAUAAUAUAUCUUCUAUACCUGACUCCUUCAAGUAUGUUAGGGAUAGGCAGAAUAAGAGGGGCACAGUGAGUUGAGUUUAGCACUGGAUUCCUACUGUUGCUUGGUCAUUAAAUCCUAUCUUGUUAUACAUGAUAGCUACAUGGUAUGUCGUUGUCUCUCUCCAUUAUUCUGGGGUUAGGCAUGGGUUUUCCUCCUCACUUUUUAAUGAGAUAGUUUUAAUGGUCUCUGAGAGGUAAUACUUACCUUGUAUUUCCUUGUUUCUGGGAUGGAGUUAACAGCAGGGAUUUUAUCAGCCAGCUGCCAAGAACACAAAAAGACUUUCAAGAGCAAUAUCUAAGUAUGAUAAGGCUAACUGUGGAUAGCUGUAGCUCCUGGUGCAUAAUAUGUGCACUGGAAACUGACUCAGCUGGUAAACUGACUCAGCCAACCUUAAAAUGGGGACACCAGAUGCAUGGUAUGAUAGCUUUAAAGCCAUCUGACAAGAGCUAGGUAUAAUAGACACAGCAGAAUGAGCAAAACAAACACUUCCAGAGAACAUGACAAACUCUGUGCUUCAUGUGUUAUAAAUUGAAUAGGACUAUGGGAGCCUACUGAAACAGAGAAAGUACCCCACUUUAACACUAUCUCUUCAAUUUUUGGAAGAUGACAAGGGUUACUGUUGGUACUCUGGUGCUCAAGCUCACACUCCAUUAAUUUAAUACAGCUUUCUGAUUCUCCCAGUGGCAAACUGGUUGUUUCUGAGAUAUGUAUUGUCCCUUUCAUGUUAGACUAUCCCUGCAGCUGAUAUUUAUUUUCUUGGAGAUUUAUCAUUUCCAUCCAGAUUUUAAAUAUAUUUUAAUUAAUAGAUUGGUGAUGUGGCUGUUGGGGGGUGAUGUUGGUUGUUUUUCAAGUUUUGACUAUUUUCCAAAUAGUACAAAUACUCAGUGACUCAUACAUCAAUGAAUAGACAGACAGUAAAUAGAGAGCUAGAUCAUGACAAGAACUAUCUGUACGUUGUUCUGUUGUAUUAAAUGCCUAUAGCAUACCAAACAGAGAGCUCUGGCUUAUAUCCAGGUAUUUUCUUUUGUAUAAACUGCUACUGUCAAAAUGCAAGAUAUUCUGGACUUGUUCUCAGUAGCUUUGAAUGUGUGACUUCCCACUGUGCGCACCUGAAAAAAAAAACUUUUAGAGUUAUUAGGGUUUAGGUGACCAAUUGUUGAAAGUUUUGUAAAAAGAAUUAGAAUGGUGAAGAAUGACGCAUUGAAACUUACAGAACACAGAAGCAUGCAAUAUCCUUUCAAGUGAAAUUAAUCUGAAAGGGCAUAAAAUCACUAAAUUUUGCAUCAUUUUAUAUGCAGGGAACUUGAUGGUUCAAUGUACACAAACUUCAUUUUAUUGUACAAAAUUAUGAAUAAUAUCGUAUUGUAUCAGGCUGGUAUGCAUGAAACAUAAAUGAAUUUUGUGUUUAGAAUUGGACCCAUCUCCAAGACAACUCAUUAUAUACAUGUUAGAAAUGCAGGUAUUCUAAAAUACAAAAAAUAAAUAAAUCUGAAAACCUUUUGGUUGACACCAAACAUUUCAGAGAAGGGAUACUCAACUUGUAUUAGGACAUGGGGGCUCUAUGUGCCAAGUUUGGUCUUGAUCACGCAUCGGGGGUCGCAAUGUUCUAAGGAAGUGAGUGAAGGUAUUACAAUUCCCAUUGUCCAUGGACCAUCAUCCUCCAAACUUCACCAGGGUAUAGAGUGGGUCAUGGGUGCUCUGCAUGCCAAGUUUGGUGGGUCACAACAGUCUCAGGAAGUUAGUGAAGGCACUGCAAGUCCUAUCAUCCAUGGUACAUCCUUCCCCACACCACACCAAGGUGUAAAGUGGGCCACAUUGCACCUGUGUUCCAAGUUUGGUCCAGUUGUGUCAUUUGUGGGGGUCGCAAUGGUCUGUGGGAAGUGAAUCGAGUGAAGGUACUGCAAAUCCCAUAAUCCUUGGUCUGUCCUACCCCAAACUGCAGCAGCGUGUAAACUGUGUCAUAUGGGCUAUGUGUGCCAAGUUCGGUUCAAUUCUGUUAUUCCUGGCAGUUGUAGUGGUGUCGGGAAGUGAGUGAAGGUACUGAAAGUCCCAUCAUCCUUAGUCUGUCCUCCGCCAAUCUGCCCCAGGAUGUAAAGGAGGUCAUGGAGGUUCUGUCUGCCAAGUUUGGUCCAGUUCCAUCACUCGUGGGCACGGCAGUGAUCUGUGGGAGCCGAAGAGAUUGAAAGUACUGCAAAUCCCAUAAUCCAUGGCCCAUCAUCCCCCAAAUGGCACCAGGACAUAAAAUGGGUCAUGGGGGUUAUGUGUGGCAAGUUUGGUCCAGAUCUGUCAUUCCUGGUGGUCUCAGUGGCUUGUGAAAGUGUUGGUCCAUCAGAAAGCUACCACAUACAUACACCGUCGCAUACACCGCUGUCCGCCGGAUACAAACAUUAGAUGUUUUGGAAAAAAGCGCAUUAUUUCUUGUAAAAAGUUUUUUUAUGGAAAUUCUGAAAGUCCCAGGGUAGAAAAGCUUUUGUAAUCUCAUCCAGUGAGGAGAACAUUCAGUGGUGUGCCUUCAUAUACAAGAAAACAACUACAUUGUUGAUGCUAGGAAUUUACAUUUCUAUCAUCAACUUAUGUAAUGUUCUCUGCACAUGAAUAGGCAGAGUCAGAAAAUUCCCAGAACUCCCAGGAUAUAUAUACUCAACUGGUGACUAUAGUAAAUACAGAGGUAUCAAGAUCUCAGCAAAGGAAGUAAAGAUGGCUGGAAAAGAUUUCACCCCUAUCUGUGCUCCCACUUUUUUCCAUAGGUGUAUCAUUUAUAACCUCCUCAAGUAUAUUCAUAUUUUGGUAUAGAAGUCAAAAGAACAGCAAAUACGUUUUAGAAUCUGUAAUAAAGGACCACAAAGGCCAUCUAGCCCAAGCUUUUGUCGUGGAGAAAAGUACAAAAAUAUGUUUCUUAGAGAUAACCAACCUUUGCUUAAAGACUUUAAAAGAAUGUAUCAUUUUCUGAAAGUACAGUAAAGAAUUUCUUCUAAUGUUUAGGUUGAAGCUCUCUUCUUGUGAUUCAAAUCCAUUGCAUUGUGUUCUGGUUCUCAAAGCAACAGAAAACAAGCUUGCCCCAUCCCCUAUAUGACAUACCCUUAUGUGUCUUAUGCACUGCAGCAAAGUAUGCUAUUAAGCAUGUUAAAAUUGUUUGGUAAAUAGUUCCUUUAAAAAAGAAAAGUGCAUUUAUAUUCUACUGUUUCUUAGAGUCAUAAUGAAGCAUAUAGACUUAGAAUUGUGUAAAUGACUGCUGGCUGGAGAAAGAUAAAUAGAGCCUUAUUUAGGGUUUGAAGGUUAUUUCAUUUUAAAGAAUUGUCACACUUACUAUCCCUGUUAGAUGUCUUAUCAUUUAUCAUCUUCACCCUAAGAAAAUGGAAUGAAUUUGUAGUUUUGAUUAUUGCAUCAUUUUUCACACAUCAAAAAUGGAAUUCAGUCCCCAUGGCAACUACAAAUGGCACAACAAAAAAGUAAAGUGUGCUACCUACGUCUCUAAAGUAGAUAGGUGGGCUGGUGAAUCACUGUUUCUGAACUGAUAUAAUGUGGGUGGAUGAGGUCAGACACAUAGCAAGCCAUAAAGAGAGAAAAGGAGGCACAUUAGAUCUUCCCAUUACCUGUAUUUGCUGCUUCAUUGGUUGAAUCUUAAAAUGCAAAGGCAGUCCCAGUCAUCUCAGUGGUAUUAGUGGAGGUACUAAAGAAAUCAGCCAAUGUGCAUUUUUGACUCAUCUGCUUUAAUUGUGUCCCCAUCUUUAGAUUUGUAGCUUUAAUCUGUAAACAAGGACAUCAUAAGGGAUACAGGUAAUUACAUGCAUUAGAUUGGAGAAACCUUGCCAAAGGAGAUGAAUUUUGUUUACCCUCUUGAAUUUGGCAGGGAUUGGCUUUUUGUUGAAGAGCCGCUGGAGAGCUAUUGUCUCGGACUAGAGAGGACAAGAGAGGGAUUUGUGUCUUUACAGAUAACUGUGCAGUAAUCAAAUAUAGCAAGCACAGGAAAUUACAAAAGAUGGAGACACUUACCCCCAAAUGGAAAAAUGAAAAAAAUGUUGAAUCAAUCCUCUACUUUAGAAGCUUUGGGAGAGCCUGAAAGGGGGCCAUUCAUAGUUGUUUUAUUUUGUUUUGCACCUAGUUUGAUCACAAAAUUGGUUUAAGGUAAGUUGUAUUUUAGGGUUAUACUGUUAACUGUUCAAGCUUACACUUAUUGAUAUUGAAGUGGGGGAGCCUGUAUGGUAUAGUGGUUUGGGUGCUGUUAUAGACUAGGGGUCAAUUCCCCAUGGAAAUCCAGUGGGUGACCUUGAGCAAGUAACACUUUCACUCCACAGACUCUAAAACCCAGAAGAAACCAGAAUAAAAAGGUUUGUGUGUGUGUGUGUGUGUGUGUGGCUAAAUGACUUUUACAGAAAAUGUGUGCUGAUUCUCAUUAACAGUUGAAAAACUCAUGUUAAAAAAGUGCACUUAAAACCUGAUUUUGGCCGAAAAAUGUACUAAUCACAUGACUUUUUAUUGCUACACUCAACAAAAAUAUGUUACUUCAUUUCUAUAUGCUGGUGUGGAUAGCCCCAGCACAUGUGCGCAAUUUAAAAUCCUAAAACAGCUGAUGGGGACUAUAAAGAAAUGGAGCCAUGGACACAUAGGUGGCUAAAUGGAAGCACAAUUGGAAAGCAAUUACAAUGAGAACUCUCGGCAACUAUUCCUUUGUUCUGAUGUGUAUGAAAUUAAACAGAGCUUGAAUUUACAAGAGAGUGAGGAGAGAUAAAUAAUAAAUCUGCUUGUGUGCACAAGAAGAUAUCCAAAACAGCACAUAUGAAGUCCAGCACAUCUCGGAUAAUCAAUUAAAAAUACAGUAGAGUCUCGCUUAUCCAACAUAAACGGGCCGACAAAAUGUUGGGUAAGCGAAUAUGUUGGAUAAUAAGGAGAUAUUAAGGAAAAGCCUAUUAAACAUCAAAUUAGGUUAUGAUUUUACAAAUUAAGCACCAGAACAUCAUGUUAUACAACAAAGUUUACAGAAAAAGUAGUUUAAUACACAGUAAUGCUAUGUAGUAAUUACUAUAUUUACGAAUUUAGCACCAAAAUAUCAUGAUAUAUUGAAAAAAUUGACUGCAAAAAUGCGUUGGAUAAUCCAGAACGUUGGAUAAGCGAGUGUUGGAUAAGUGAGACUCUACUGUAAUAAAAAAUAAACUUCCGCCGGAUGUCCCUCGUCUAUCUUGUGUAUUUCUAAAAUCUGCUACAGAGGAAGGUGUCAGGACACAGGAGGAGCAUUUACUGGAUUGACAGCUCCGUCAAUCCAGUAAAUUGCUGUCAGGUACUGCUUUUUUGCCCCACUUAUUUUUCCUACAGUUUGACACUGACUGGAAGCACCCUCAGAGGAGGGCAUUGGAAAACCCUCUUUUAACAAUCUUGCCAAGGAAAUCCUAUGAUAGCUUUGCUUUAUGAUCACCAUCAGUUGGAAAUGUUUUGAAACCACACAGGAACAGAAACAUAGAAGUAGUUCCACAGGGUUCAGUAGGUCUAAAGAACUCCUGUUAGAGAAUUUAGGAUAUGCUUGUAGCAUUAGGCUAAAAUCUUGAACCUUUUGUGAAAUAAGGAUUUCAGUAUAAGAAAGGUAUUGAAUUCAAAUGCCAAACAUUGAAAGCCAACUGUAGUUACUUUCUAAAUAAGUAGCUUUUGUGGAUGGAAUAAAAAAUUACAACCAAUAGAAUAAAUUACCAGUUGGGUAAACAUUCUUCCAAGAGUAUUUCCUUGUAAUAUUCUAAGCCACUGAUAUAACUCUGCUUAAUAGAGUGACAACCUCAUCAGACUGGGAUAAAUUUGGUGGCAAAUUCCACUUCACCUUUCCUUUUGCUUGAGUUGGGUGAUGGGGGCAUUGGGCAACAGGUUUCCCACACCCCCAGACAUGCACCACUGGAAGUCUUUGUGAUGAAGCCUUAUGUAGCUAUCUUAAACCAGUGUUUUCAUGUCUGAAUAGUACUUAGUUUUAGUUUUAAAGUGUAGGAAUGCAGGAUUUAAGCCUCCUCCCAGUAGCAACAUAGACAGAUUAAUAGACAAUAGUUACUACAGCAGAGAUCUGUCAUAUUCUUUUGUUGUUCUGCCCAAUAAUUUUGAAAUUCAGAAUAGAAAACCAUAAAAUGCAUGUGCAUUACAAGAUUUUAACACACCUAAUCCAUAAGAUAAUGUCAAAGACAGAGCACAGCCAGGGCAUGGGGUGCCUCUGGUCUCAAUCCACAUUUGCUAAAUUUGUCCUAUCACGUUAACCUGCUCUCCUAAACUGGAAUGUCUGUGCCCUUGCAUUGAAGGAAGACACCAUUACAAAAAUACCAAGAAUCUUUUGCAAUAGCUAUACCUAACUGAACAGUGGAAAUUUUCAUACUUCCCCUCCCUCAUUACACUCCAAAAGCUAGUUAUAAUUUGUGUCAUUACUAUCUGCUAGUUCUGUUCCAGGGUUUUCACUAAUAGAUUUUAAGACCCAGAAGGGACUAUUAUAGUCUUCUAUUCUGACCUCUAUUGUGUGUGUUAUAUAAAGAGAUACUGGUGCUUAGUGGACCAUCGAUUUCAGUAGUGUUUCAUACACCAGGGAUAAAUUUAGCAAAUUACACUUAUUAGUUUAAUCAGAUACUUCUCUUGCUACUUGAAAAGAGCCAGGAGUGGGAGGGGAAAGGGCAGUUCCAUUCUUGCUGCGUGGAUGACAGCAUAACAGGAAUAUACUGAUCUCUUUUGUCAUAUGUGCCAGUAGUGAUCAAAAGAAUGUGCUGAUGUGGGCACAGAGCUCAAAACAGGAAGGCAACAACUUCCAGUAUGUAAUGGGAUGGGGUUGUCUGCACUUCAUGCUAUCAUAUCAAGUUGGUAGGAAACAGGGGAACUGAGACUGGACCAGGUGUUCUUGUGACAGAUAGAAAGCCAUGUGAUUUUUGUGGGGCUGACCUUGAAGACAACAUGAAGGCUUCAGCUAGUGUGAUAUAUGGCAAGCAAAUAAUACAACAACAACAAAUGUGAGCCAGUAGAUUCCAGGUUAAACUGUUUUUCAUUUUGGUGGCGGGUUUUUUGGUAAAGGAUACAGGGGAAUUGGGUUGUUGGUGGAUCCAAUAAGGAAAAUCAAUGCAUUCUCUGAUGGUGUGGAGGUAUUUUUUUAGGCUUGUGUAUUUGUAUAGAAUUGCUAUCCAUUUCUGUUUGUUUCAUUUGUAAGGACCCUGUUUUCAUUUUUGACCAUCUUCUGAAAAGCAGUGCCUUUCUUAAUGAGCAUUUUUGUUCUGCGUCUGAAAAUACAAAAAUGUUUGGUCCAUUGGUGGCAAAGGACAGGCUUCCCCAGGCUCCCCUUUCCCUUGGUUUUAGGGCUAGAGGGGUGAAAAUUGCCACAUAUGGCGGGCACAUCUACCACUCUUUGCUCACCAAGUUUUAUAAUGUUUGGGUCAUCCUCCAAUUUUUAGGGAUUUUUUUCAUUCUAUAAAUAAAACCUCCUUAAAAACAUCCUCUCUUUUUCCCCACUGGCCCCACCCUCUAACUUCUCCAGGAGCAGCAGCAGGAGGGAGCCAAAGGUCAAAGAUGCUCGACACUCCCCACACACAGCCCAGUGCCCAAAUCCAGUAUUUUACUACUUCCUUAACUGGUGGCAAUGUGGGGGGGGGGGGAUUCCACUCCCUUUCCCAUCAUUUUUUAGCAAUGGCAUGGUUUGUCUUGGAGCUGCUGCCUUGAGUCCCUGCUUGCUACUGCUGCCUUCCUGUCCUCCUUCUCCUCUAUCUGUCAUGCAAGGAAGGCUCCUUCAGUCCCCCCUUCUUCCUCCAGGCCUCUUAUCCUCUCCUCUCCCCCUCCGCAGCUCUUGGAGCUGCCACCUUGGAUCAUUGCUGCUGCUGCUGCCUGGCUUACUAUAGAGUAAGAGGUGCAAAAGAGGAAGAUGAGGGGGCGUGAAGUAAGAAGUAAGAGGCGCAAAGGAGAAAGAGGAGAUGGAGUAAGAGCCAUGAAGGGGAAAGAGGAGGUGCAUUUCUUGCAUUAGAGACAGAGGCAGCAUCAACAGCCGCAGCAACCUAAAGCAGCAGCUCCAAGAGCCAAGGAAGAGGGAAGAGGAGCCACACUCUCUCCAAGGCAUUUUAAGAAGGCUUCCCACUUCUACAUAAGGAAGAGUUAUGACCUCCUGGAAGAGGAGAGUAAAUAGGGUUUACUUUUUGUUUGCUGGGGGAUUAAUAAAAAAGAUUAAACUGUGCUCACAAAAAGCAGACAAGUAAAUGGUAACCGCUCCCGCUUUCUUUUGUUCCAAGUUAAUUUUUGUUCUGGAGGGGGUGUUCCUAUUUCAUGCUCCACCCUGAAAUGAGAGGAAUGAAAGAACGAAUGAAACGGGAGAAACGAAUACUGUGCACAUCUCUAGCAUUUAUUAGCUUUGCUUUUUAUAAAAAUUGUGCACUAAAAUUUGGGAAAGAUUAUGGACUUUAUAGUCUCCUAGAUGGUUGGGAUGUGUACACAAAAAGAAGUUAGAGGAAUUCAAGUGGCCUGCAGGUCUCAUUUCUCUGACUUCUAUUUUGGAAUAUCCCUUUAUAUAAAGAGGCAUGUGAGAUUCAAAAACAAUAUACUCAUUACAUGAUCAGGAAAAUGACAACUUUUUAAAAGGAGCAAAGUUUUAGUAAAAAAUAAUAAUCAGCAUAUUCACAUUGAAACAAAUAAUAAAAUGUUUGACAUUUCAAAAGACACUGAGCCAUAUCUGGACAGUGUUUUUUUUUUCUUCAGAUUUCUCUCUGUUAUGUGUUCAAAGCCAGGAGCACUUUCAAGGUCUUCAAAGUUGUGAUAAUUGAUUGGUUUUCAUAUGUUCUACACACACUACGUCUGUGUAUAUGUAUAUUAUUUUAAUAGUGUUUAAACAAAAUUUCAGGAUAAUUUAUACUUCCAACGUGGUUUACAACAGUCAGUAAAACAAUAAAGUAAGAUUAUGCAGAAGAAAUGAAAAUAUUGGAGGAAAACAGCACAUAAUAAAUCAUAUAAAAUGAUCUGAUAAAAAUAGCAGCAUACAAAUAUAGGAGCUGAUGAAGCAGUCACAGCCGCAGUAUUCACCCAAAGCUGACUGGAAUAAAAAUAUAUGUUAUGCCAACCAAAAAAGUCAUCAAAGAAAGGGUCAAGUGUAUUUUCCUGUGGAAAAUAUUCCAGAGAAUAUUUCAGAGAUGUACAUCCACCAUAGAAAAGGCACAGUCUAUGGUAUACACCAAUCUAAUAGGUCUCAGUAAUGGACCGUGGAGAAUGGUGAAUACAUCCAUUUUAAAUUAGGUUCUGAUAUGGACAGGUGGCCAAUGUGAUUAGUGCAGAACAUGUGGAAUGUGAUCAGAAUUCUGAGUUCCUUCCAAAAUUCUUAAGUGCUGUAUUCUGAACCAAUCAAAUGUUUCAAGCUGUCUUUAAGGUCCUAAAAUUGCUAGUAAUCUUAAUCCAAUGAGGUCUGGCAUUUGUUAUAAUAUGUGGUUUCCCAGAAAAAAAAUUGAUAUGCCCAGCACUGGCCAAAAAGACCAGAAGAUUGUGCCAUCUCACUGUGAUAAUUUAACACAAGGACAUAUCUAUAAUACAAAUUUAAUAUUGUUAUUUUUCUUCGUUUGUACUAUAGGUUCAGGGUGGUUUUAGCAGUUGUGUACCAGAGAUCUUUUGAUUAUAGUAUUAUAGUAAUUUUCUUUAAAAGCCAUCACAGUUAAGCUGCUUUAAAGAUUAUAUCAGUUUGCAGUAUCAAUUGGGGCAAGCAAACUAAAAGAGGAAUGUAAAACCAAACCUUGACAUGUAUAUUCAAAGGAAGGGCUUGAUGAAGGAAGAAUGGCUUUAAUGUCCUGUGUCUGUGAAAAUAUCUCUUUCUAUCUACCUUUGAAGGAUCAAGCAGAUGAGUGGGAGGGGAAAGAACUGAGCUGCAAAGGUAGCACACCAAAGACUGAAUUCACCUUUGGCAGGUAUUGCACUACCUUGGCAGAGGAAAUUCAGAUUAUAAUCAAUGUAUCUUAGUUUCUUAAGACUUAUAUUACCCUUUUAAAAUAAGUUAAAUUCAGUGAUUUGGUCUUGAUUAUCUUCUCCAUCCCAUUCUAGUAUGCUUUUCUGGCAACAAAAAAUGGGAACUGUUGUCAGACCCCUGGCUGCUGGGCACCAAUAACCGUGCACGGAGGCCAAUCUCUAUCUAAUAUCUUUAUUAAGGAAAUAAUUAAAAGCAAUAAAAACAAGUGAAGAAUAUAGUUCAGAAGCAGACCUUUCAAAUGAGGUCAAAUAUAGUCCAAAAAUGUAUUGUCCAAUAAAUGAUAUUAGAGUUCAAAGUUUUAAUCCACUUGACCGAAACACACACUUUUGCCAAGCAAUAGUGUGGGGAAAUGUCAGAGUCUUAGAGUCCAAUGAAGCUUGACAACAAGGCUGGGAAUAAACUUGGUUCUUGGCUAGGUCCGUGACUAGAAACAAGGCAAAACGUGAAGCAUGGAGCAGGGUCCGUGGUUAAACAGCAAGGCAAGGCAAAGGCUUGAAAGCUUGAUCCGGGAAGCAAGGAACUGGGGUUACGAAGUCCACACACGAUCUCUCUCCUGAAGCUGAUCAAUUGACUCUGCAAAGAAUCUCCCGCGCCAAACACCUAUAUUGGGUCUCGUUUUCCCGCCAACAAAUCUCUUUCCCUAGAGAACAAGAAGCGAAACCCAACUCUGUCCAGAUGCAAGACUCCUUAGAAUUUCCCAAGGGAAGCAGGCCUAAUCAGUCUGUUGUUUGGCAGCGAUCUGUAAACUCCUCCGUUGGGCCUCUCUAACUCCUCUGUCUCUAGAAUAAUAUUCCUUCCUGGGAAACGGAGGGGAGUUCUGCCCAAGGCCUGUUUUACUGGAUUCUUGAGGGCAAACAUCAACAUCCGGCAGGUGAAGAGACUCCGGCUCUUGUUGAACCGGCGAAAACCCCAUGUUUUCAUCUUCAUCUGCCACAAUAGUACUAGGAACAGGACUACAAGGCCCAUGAGGCAUCACACUAUCCCCUCUCCCAAGGCCCCCCUCAUUCAGGGCCCGUCCCCGAGAGUCGCGGGGCCGCGGCUUGGAAGCGGCGGACCAAAUCAGGGGCAUGGACUGUGGAAGCGUCUUCCCAGGAGCGUUCUUCGGGGCCAAAACCCACCCAGUCAAUCAGAUACUGAAGGCGGCGGCGAUGGAAGCGAGAAUCCAAAAUGUCCUGAACCCCGAACUCCUCCUCUCCGUCCACUAGAACAGGGGCGGGGGGCGGCUGGCUCGCGUCGGGGCGAACACCAUCCGCCGGAAGGAGCAGGGAACGGUGGAACACCGGAUGAAUGCGCAUGGAGCGCGGAAGUUGGAGUUUGAAAGUCACAGGGUUAAGUUGCGCCACCACUGGGUAGGGACCAAUGAAACGGGCAUCUAACUUCCGGCAGGGACGGUGGGAGGGCAAAAAGCGAGUGGACAACAGAACCCGAUCUCCUACCUUGAUCUCGGGACCAGGCUGGCGAUGGCUGUCAGCGUGGCGUUUGUUGAUCAAGUUUCUGGUGCAAGAGUUCUUGUACCGCUGUGAGUUCCUGCAGCCAAUCCUCCGCUGCAGGGACUUCUGAGGUCUCUAUGACAGAAGGAAAGAAACGAGGAUGGAAACCGUAGUUUGCAAAGAACGGGGUUUCCUUAGUUGAAUUCUGGACACCAUUGUUGUAAGCAAACUCUGAUAGAGGUAAUAGUGAAGCCCAAUUGUCCUGUUGGUAGUUUACAUAACAGCGAAGGUAUUGUUCCAAUGUGGCAUUGGUGCGCUCGGUUUGUCCAUCUGUUUGGGGAUGGUGAGCUGAAGAUAAACGAGAGUCUAUGCCCAAUAGUUUUUGCAGGGCUUUCCAAAAACGAGAGGUGAAUUGAGAUCCACGGUCAGUGACCAAACUCUUGGGCAAUCCAUGUAGCCGAAAUACAUGCUGAAGGAAUAAAUCUGCAGUCUCUUUGGCCGUGGGAAGGCCAUCGCAGGGAAUAAAUGAGCCACUACUAGAAUCGUGGUGAAUCCAAGGGAGGGUGGUAAGUCAGUGAUAAAAUCCGCGGAGAUUAUCUCCCAUGGGCGAGAAGGAGUGGGAAGGGGAUGCAGUAGCCCUGACGGCUUCUCCCUUUGUGUCUUGGAACGCUGGCAUACAGGGCAGGUAUUGACAUAAUUCUCCACAUCCUUGCGGAUCUUGGGCCACCAGAAAUCUCGCAGGAUCAAGUGCAUGGUUUUAAAUAACCCAAAAUGUCCUGCUGGCUUGCUGUCAUGGCACAAAUGAAGUGCCUUUUCUCUGCCGGGACCUGGAGGGAUGUAAACAUGGUUCCUGUAGCAUAAUAGAUCGUUCUUGAGUGAGAAAGGGAAACAUAGUCCUUGGCGAAUCUGUUCUUGAGCCCAGGCAUCUGUCUGUUGACUGGCCCUAAUCUCUUGAGUGAAAAGGGAUUCUGGGUUAGGAGGAGCUGGCUCAAUUGAAGUGGAUUUGGUGUUCCCCACUGUGAGCGUGGCAAAGUUCUCGGGUUGCAGCAAUCGUGAUUCUGAGGUGUCUUUGCGUCCUGCUGCAUAUUCUGGUUUCCGUGACAGGGCAUCUGCUUGCUUGGUCUGAGCUGGAGUCACAUAAUGGAUCCGGAAGUCAAAACGUUCAAAGAACAAAGCCCAGCGCUGCUGCCUUUGGUUUAGCUUCCGUGCGGUCCUUAGAUGUUCGAAAUUUCGAUGGUCAGUAUGGACUUCAAUGGGAAAUUUGGCCCCUUCUAGCCAAUGCCUCCAAUUUUCAAAGGCUGCCUUUAUGGCUAAGAGUUCUUUUUCCCAAAUGGUAUAAUUUCUCUCUGGGGCUGUUAGUUGUCGUGAGUAAUAGGCACAAGGAUGGAGAUGUUCUCCCACUGGUUGCAUGAGCACAGCCCCAAUUGCCACAUUGGAGGCGUCAGCCUGCACAACAAAAGGGGUUUUAGGAUCAGGGUGCUGUAGAAUUGGCUGGGUUGUGAAUAACUGCUUUAGCUGGUGGAACCCUUGCUCAGCUUGUUCUGUCCAGCGGAAAGGUUGUUUCCCUCGGAUGCAGCUGGUGAUUGGGUCAGACCAGCGAGCGAAGUCUGGGAUGAACUUGCGGUAGUAGUUUGCAAACCCCAAGAAGCGCUGAACUUCCUUUUUGUUAGCUGGCGCUCGCCAUUCCAAUACGGCCGAAACCUUUGCCGGGUCCAUGGAUAGUCCUAGUGGCGAGACGCGGUAUCCCAGGAAGUCUACCUCUUGCCAAUCAAAGGCGCAUUUUUCUAACUUGGCAUAUAGUCCAUGAUCCCGCAAUCGUUGUAGCACCAUUCUGAUGUGCUGAUCGUGUUCCGUUUGUGAUUUCGAGAACACCAAAAAGUCGUCCAAGUAUAUGAUCAAGAACCGAUCUAGAUAAUCUUGGAAAAUAUCGUUGACAAAAUGCUGGAACGUUGCGGGGGCUCCGGAUAAUCCGAAAUUCAUGACUAGGGACUCGUAUAAUCCGAAUUUGGUCUGGAAGGCGGUUUUCCAUUCAUCCCCUUCUCUUAUGCGAACUAGAUUGUAAGCCCCGCGAAGAUCCAGUUUGGUGUAAACCUUGGCCCCUCAGAGUCGGUCCAAUAGGUCUGAGAUCAAUGGCAAUGGGUAGCGGUUCUGCUUCGUGAUGUUGUUCAGUGCCCGAUAGUCCACAACCAAGCGUAGGUCCCCUGACUUCUUUUUCACAAACAUCACUGGGGAAGCGGCUGGGGAUUGAGGGGGUCUGAUGAACCCCUUGCGAAGGUUUGACUCUAUAAACUCCCUGAGAGCUUCUUGCUCUGGUUCAGUCAGGGAGUAGAGAUGUCCUCGCGGAAUUGGGGCCCCCUCCACCAGGUCAAUGGCACAGUCGUAGGGUUUAUGUGGGGGUAGUUUCUCGGCUUCCUUUUCAUUGAAAACAUCCCAAAAGUCCGAGUAUUUCUUGGGCAAGGUGAUGAUGGGUUCUGCGUCUGUGGCAUGGCAGACCUUGGCUACUAGACAAUGAUUUUGGCAAUACCUUGAGGCGAACUGCAGUUCUCUGUUGGUCCAGGAGAUGUUUGGGUCGUGGAGUGUCAGCCACGGGAUACCCAAAAUCACGGGGAAAUGGGGGACCUUGGUAACGAAGAAGGAGAUUUCUUCCAUGUGUUCUCUUAUCCACAUUCUGGUGGGCUCGGUCCAUUGGCUUACUGGACCUGUCUUCAGGGGUCGGCCGUCUAUGGCUUGCACCACCCGGGCGUUCUUGAAAUCAUGAUAUUGUAGUCCCAGAGAGUCAGCAUAGUCCCUAUCGAUGAAGUUGUUUGUUGCCCCUGAGUCUAUCAUGGCAUGGAUCAUGACGGGUCCUUUUUUCACUGACCACAGCGUGACCACCAGGAGAAAUAGGACCCCCGUUUGCGACUCUUGAAUGGAGUUUUUGACCGGGUUGGCGAGCCCUCCUACGCCCGGUCGCUGGCUUCCCCCGCCGGCUUUGUUCCAGCCGCCUCGGUAGCCUCCGCCUCCGCGGAGGACGCCGCCGCCAGACGGGCGGCGGGCUUCUUUUUGGCUGGACAUUCUCUGGUGAAGUGGCCCCCAUUUCCGCAGUACCAACACAGAUUCAAACGUUGGCGGCGGGCCUUUUCAGCAACAUCUAGCCUGGGGCGCACAUUGCCCAACUGCAUCGGCUCCUCCUCGCCUCCCGUGGGGUUAGGGGCUGGUGGUGGGGGUCUCCAUACUGGACGAGGCUGGACACUGGUAGAAGUGGGAGGCUUUACUCCGGCUCUUCCACUCUGGCCCCGGAGCCACUGUUUCUUGUUGGCGAGCAAGACUUCAGCCCGUAAACACUGGGCGAUGAGUCUUUCAAGAGUCCCAGGGGGGUCCACCUUAGAGAUUUCUUCCUGCAUCUCAAUGUUGAGGCCCUCGCGAAACUGCCCUCUGAGCGCUAUAUCGUUCCAGCCGGUGUUUUGAGCCAGCACCCGGAACUCGGCUAUGUAUCGGGACAAUGGUCUGUCCCCUUGGAAGAGGCGCCGGAGUUUAUGGCCGGCCGCCUCUUCGUCGUCCUCGAUCCCCCAGGUUUUUCGAAGGUGGUUCAAGAAUUGCUGCGCAGUGUUUAGGUGCGUGGAAUCCGCGUCGUACAAUGCCAUCGCCCAAGUGGCCGCAGGCCCAUCCAGGAGACUGAAUAUCCACGCCACCUUGACAUCUUCUUGGGCAAACUCGGCUUGAUGGGCCUCUAAGUACGCCUGGCACUGGUGACGGAAGACAUGAACCUUGGAGGCUUCUCCAGAAAACUUGGUUGGCAGCGCUAGAGCAGGGAGAUCGGCUCCUCGUUCCUUCAAGCCCCGUAUCUCUCCCUCCUGCUCUCGGAGUGUGUCCCGGAUCCGAUUGAAUUCAUCUUGAGAAAUGGUGUAACUGAGUGGUUGAGCUGGGGCGGCCGUUCCGGCUCCUGGAGUUGACAUAUUGGCCUUAGGUUAUUUGGUGCUGGGUUGGCGGAGUCAAACUGUCAGACCCCUGGCUGCUGGGCACCAAUAACCGUACACGGAGGCUAAUCUCUAUCUAAUAUCUUUAUUAAGGAAAUAAUUAAAAGCAAUAAAAACAAGUGAAGAAUAUAGUUCAGAAGCAGACCUUUCAAAUGAGGUCAAAUAUAGUCCAAAAAUGUAUUGUCCAAUAAAUGAUAUUAGAGUUCAAAGUUUUAAUCCACUUGACCGAAACACACACUUUUGCCAAGCAAUAGUGUGGGGAAAUGUCAGAGUCUUAGAGUCCAAUGAAGCUUGACAACAAGGCUGGGAAUAAACUUGGUUCUUGGCUAGAAACAAGGCAAAACGUGAAGCAUGGAGCAGGGUCCGUGGUUAAACAGCAAGGCAAGGCAAAGGCUUGAAAGCUUGAUCCGGGAAGCAAGGAACUGGGGUUACGAAGUCCACACACGAUCUCUCUCCUGAAGCUGAUCAAUUGACUCCGCAAAGAAUCUCCCGCGCCAAACACCUAUAUUGGGUCUCGUUUUCCCGCCAACAAAUCUCUUUCCCUAGAGAACAAGAAGCGAAACCCAACUCUGUCCAGAUGCAAGACUCCUUAGAAUUUCCCAAGGGAAGCAGGCCUAAUCAGUCUGUUGUUUGGCAGCGAUCCGUAAACUCCUCCAUUGGGCCUCUCUAACUCCUCUGUCUCUAGAAUAAUAUUCCUUCCUGGGAAACAGAGGGGAGUUCUGCCCUAGGCCUGUUUUACUGAAUUCUUGAGGGCAAACAUCAACAUCUGGCAGGUGAAGAGACUCCGGCUCUUGUUGAACCGGCAAAAACCCCAUGUUUUCAUCUUCAUCUGCCACAAUAGUACUAGGAACAGGACUACAAGGCCCAUGAGGCAUCACAACUGUAUUGUUGUGGUGGGGAGACUGUUGUGGCGCACUGGGUUAAACUGCUAAGCUGCUGAACUUGCUAACCAAAGGGUUAGCAGUUUGAAUCAGGGGAGGGGAUGAGCACCCACUGUUAGCCCCAGCUUCUACCAACCUAGCAGUUUGAAAACUUGCAAAUGUGAGUCAAUCAAUAAGUACCACUCCAGUGGGAAGGUAAUGGCGCUCCAUGCAGUCAUGGUGGCCACAUGACCUUCGAGGCAUCUACAGACAAUGCCGGCUCUUUGGCUUAGAAAUGGAGGUGAGCACCAACCCCUAGAGUUGGACACAAUUAGACUUAAUGUCAGGGGAAAACCAUUACCUUUACUUUAUUGUUAUGGUGUGCUAGGGAUUUGUAGGAAGAUUUCCCAUUUUGACAGAUGCCCUUCUUUAAAACGAUUUGUUCUCCUCACCAAGCAUAAUGAUCGACUGCCAUCAGUCAGGCUAAACGUCUUCACAAACCUUAUAAUCUCUAACUGCUUAAGGAAUUCAAAAUCCAUCUUUCAAGUGUCAAUCUUAAUCCCAAUGCUGGGCAAAAAAAUAACCAGAAAGGUAUUUUGGAUUUCCUUGCCGAAACCCCAAUUAACACUGAACAUAACAAAAUCUUUUGAAAUUACCUAAGAAUACAAGGAGUAGCAUAGCAACAGUGCAGUUCUGCAUAAGGAAGUGUUUCAAGAAGACAUUCUCUAUUAAAACAAUUUAAUCAAUUCAUUGUUAUUAAUAUCCAGAUAUUAAAACAAUUCUGUUUUGAAAGGGAAAAAAGAAUGUAAAAGGCAGAACAAGUAAAGGCAAAAAUCACUCACAGAAAAUUAAAAAUCAAUCAAGUCUAAUAUGUUAUGUUCUUGAGUCAUCCCAUGUUAUCUACUUGAAUAGUGUUGCUGAAGGCUUUCAUGGCUGGAAUCACUGAGUUGUUGUGAAUUUUCCAGGCAGUAUUGCCAUGUUCCAGAAGCAUUAUCUCCUGGCAUUUCACCCACAUCUAUGGCAGGCAUCCUCAGAGGUUGUGAGGUAUAUUGGAAACUAAGCAAGGGAGUUUUAUAUAUCUGUGGAAGGUCCAGGGUGGGAGAAAGAACUCUUGUCUGUUGGAGACAAGUGUGAAUGUUGUAAUUAAUCACCUUGAUUAGCAUUUAAUGGCCUUGUCAGCUUCAAGAACUGGCUGAUUCCUGCCUGGAGGAAUCCUUUGUUCAGAGGUGUUAGCUGUCCCUGAUUGUUUCAUGUCUGGAAUUCCAUAUUUUCAGAGUGUUGUUCUUUAUUUCCUUGAAUAGUAUUCAGACAAAAUCUGUUAUUCAGAUGCUUAUUCAAAUGUAUAAUAUCACUCAACAGUGCCAUGCAGGAUACCUGAGAUGUUGUACCCUGAAGAGAAUCUUGAGUAAUAAUAAUAAUAAUAAUAAUAAUAAUAAUAAUUUUAUUCUUGUACCCCGCCCCAUCUCUCCUUAGAAAUCACAUAUCAGGACAAAAGGUAAAAUCUUAGAUAAAAUCAGGAGAAACCUGGGCCAAAGUGCUAGUUAUGUCAGAAUCAUCAGGAAGGGGUGGAUUGUCCAAAUUGUUGUCACCUUCAAGGUGCUGGAAGAGGCAUAAAUAUGGGACUAUUAUUGGAAAAGCAACAGGUCAGACUUACUAAAUCAAUUAUCGAAGGCCUGCUGGAAGAGCAAUGUUUUCAGGCUCUUCCGAAAUGAGAGGAGGGUAGGGGCCUGACUGAUCUCCCUGGGGAGCGAGUUCCAGAGCCGGGGGGCCACGACGGAGAAGGCCCUCUCUCUCGUCCCCACCAACCGCGACUGCGAGGGUGGUGGGAGCGAGAGGAGGGCCUCCCCCGAUGAGCGAAGGGAUCGUGCAGGUUCAUAGGGAGAAUUACGGUCCCGAAGGUAGGUGGGUCCCAAACCAUUUAGGGCUUUGUAGGUAAUGACCUGCACCUUGAAUUGGGCUCAGAAAAUAAACGGCAGCCAAUGGAGCUCCUUGAACAGGGGAGUAGAAUGCGCCCUGUAAUUUGCUCCAGUUAGAAAUCUGGCUGCCGCACGUUGUACUAGUUGCAGUUUCCGGGCCGUCUUCAAAGGCAGCCCCACGUAGAGUGCGUUGCAAUAAUCCAGUCUAGAGGUAACUAAGGCGUGGACCACCCUGGUCAGAUCAGUCUCCUCGAGGUACAGUCACAGCUGGCGCACAAGUUUUAAUUGUGCAAAGGCCCUCCCAGCCACCGCCGACACCUGGGCCUCAAGUGUCAGCGCUAAGUCCAGGAGGACCCCCAAGCUGUGGACCUGCGCCCUCAGGGGGAGUGCGACCCCGUCAAGCACAGGUUGCCACCCUAUGCUCCGAUCAGACAUACGUCUGACCUGGAGGACCUCUGUCUUGUCAGGAUUAAGUCUCAGCCUGUUCACCCUCAUCCAGACCAACACAGCAGCCAGACACUGGUUCAGUAUCCCAGGGGCUUCCUUGGAUUUAAGUGGAAAAUAGUAGAGUUGGGUGUCAUCCGCAUAGAGAUGGCACUGAACUCCAAAACUCUGGAUGACCUCGCCCAACGGUUUCAUGUAGAUGUUGAAAAGCAUGGGGGACAAAAUAGAACCUUGUAGGACCCCACAGGUCAAUGGCCAGGGGUCCGAGCAGGAGUCCCCCAGCUUCACCAACUGAGAGUGACCCUCCAGGAAGGACUGAAGCCACUGUAGAGCAGUACCCCGAGGCCCAUCCCGGAGAACCGUCCCAGAAGGAUACCAUGGUCGAUGGUAUCGAAAGCCGCUGAGAUAUCCAAGAGAACCAGCAGGUCACACUCCCCCUGUCCAGCUCUCUACGGAGGUCAUCCACGAAGGCGACCAAAGCCGUCUCGGUACUGUAGCCAGGUCUGAAACCAGACUGCGAAUGGUCCAGAAAAUCAGCAUUUUCCAAGAAUCUCUGGAGCUGAGAAGCGACCACCGGCUCCAAGACCUUGCCCAAAAAAGGAAGUUUAGAGAUUGGUCUGUAGUUACUUAGGUUGGUCGAGUCCAAGGAGGCCUUCUUCAAAACUGGCCUCACUAUAGCUUGUUUUAUGCAAGAUGGAAAUUUGUCCUGCUCCAAGGAGGCGUUGAUUAUCUUCAUAAACCAAUCUAUAGUAUAUGUUUAUAACCAUUAUAAAGUAUAUGUUUAAUUUCUAAAUGAACACUUAGGAUUAAGGUCUUUUUUUCACUGCAUUACAUUAAAACUCAAUAAUUCUUUUACAUUCAUUUGCUUAUACAGGCAGUUCCCAAGUUAUGAGCAAGAUAGGUUCUGUAGGUUUGUUCUUAAGUUGAAAUUGUUCAUGAGCUGGAACAGGUACAUUUUUAAAGUAUAACUCCAACCAAGACUCUCUCUCUCUCUCUCUCUCUCUCUCUCUCUCUCUCUCUCUGUAGCAUAAGGAAGGGUUAACAUCCUUGUAGUGUUUGUUUUGCUGUCCGUGCCCCUGUUCAGAAGAUUUCACCUCACUUUCUGUCCCUGUGAUCAUUGGAUUUUGGAAAAGAUUGGCUUGUUGUGGAAACAAUGAUUGGCGAGAAAGCUUCAGUGGAGACACCUUUUCCCCAUGAUCAGGAGUGAAUUUCCCUUCCUAGGAGCAAAUUUCUCUCACUUCCUUUUGUCACACCCCCAUUCUUAAUUAUGAGUAGAUGUUUGUAACCUGAGGACUGCCGGAACACAGAUUUUUUCCACAGUAACCUAUAUCUUUACAAAUGACAGAAAUUUGCCAGUUAGAUAGUAUCCUCGGAAACAAAGACUAUCUCACAAUUGAACAAAUGAAUACACCACCUCUAACAAAGAUAUGGUUUUACUGGUUUCAGAUUUUCAUAAACAUGUGAGACUUAAUUCUUAUAAUUCUCAUAGAUGUGUGUCUUUUUUGGGGGGGGAAAGCUCAACAGGAGUCCAAAUAUGGUCUCUCUUUGAUCAUCCUUUCAGCAUGAAACUCUACAUAUUUAAUGAACUAUAGAUUAAUGUUUGAGUGUGUAAGCUGUUUUCUGAUUAUACUAAAUGUGUAUGGGGCAAUAAUUAGUAGUGUUCCCACAUGAGCUACCAAACAAAACAUGAUUCCAUUUUAGUGGAAUUUUUUGUUGAAAGAAAAUCUUGAAUAAAAACUAGACCAGUAUCUUCUCCGGUAAAAUUCAGUGAAAGCAUCCAAUUGUUUUAAUAGAAAUAUUUGAUGAAGACGAUGAUACACAAGACAGAGGAAAUUGUUGGUGUUUGCAGGGUUGCAUUAAUGAAAGGUAAGAGUCAUGUCACUGUACCACAAUGGAGCAGGAUCUCCAUGUAUAAUUUUGGCCAUCAAUAUUUCUGGGGUUUUUCCUCAUUGCUGAAAGGUAACAUGCCAGGGUAUGAACCCAUAGAAGAAUGAAGCUGCAGAAACAAAUGGUAGAUUCUGUGUUCUUCUAGAAGACGGGGAGCGGGGUAAGCUGUUAGCCCUAGCUUCUGCCAACCUAGCAGUUUGAAAGCAUGCAAAUGUGAGUAGAUCAAUAGAUAACGCUCUGAUGGCAAGGUAAUGGUGCUCCAUGUAGUCAUGCUGGCCAUAUGACCCUGGAGGUGUUUACAGACAACACCGGCUCUUUGGCUUAGAAAUGGAGAUGAGCACCAACCCCCAAAGUUGGACAUAACUAUACUUAAUGUCAGGAGAAAAGCUUUAUCUAUUGAUCAUUUAUCCUUGGGAAUGAACUACCAGGCUUGAAAUGCAUUGGUUGAGAUCCUGAACUGAUUUGAUGAAGCUUAAAGCUCAGUUCAUCUUACUUUUCCUCUUAUCCCCUGUGUGCCCCUCUAUCCAUCAGCCUCCAGGAGCACAAAGAAUACACAUUGUAAUGGACCUUUGGAGGACUUCUAAGUAGUGCAGGGCAAUGCAAUCUUCUUUAUGUGUUUGACUGGGUUGCCUAGACGCCCUUUUUGUACAUUAAAUGAAUGUGGGUCAGGCAGUGGCAACUAACAGAUGGCCUCUGUGUGCAUAGGGAGUCACUGAAUAAAGAAGAUGUUAGAUAUCUUUUUCAGCAACAGCCUUGAAAGGAUAUAAUACAAGUAUAACAGAAAUUUACUCUUAUAUUUGUCACCAAGAAGAUUCUGGCUAUGAAUUAUUAAACUAUUUUCUGUGUACCUGCAACAAAUCAGAUUUUCUGUUGUUUACUUUCCACUCGAAGAUCACCAGAUGUUCAGACAAAAACAACAACUUUGCCUUUUAAUAGGGCAAAAUCCAUUUUGGUGCAGUGUCCUCAAACUUCCCAUAGGAAAGUCUCAGAUGUAUUUGAUUUAGGAAAAAUCUGUCUAAGCAAGGGCCUGAGCUUUAGUACUUUUAAUAAAAAAAUAUUAAGCAUUGCUGACAUCAGUGACUUUGAAGAUCUGUUCUAUUGACCAUUUUAAAUCUUCUAUUGCUUGAUUCUUCCCAGGAGUGAUUCUUUCACUCCCUGUCUUCCUCAAUCACCUUUUCCCAGGCAAAACAUUAGGUUUUCAAGCGUGAGCCUUUGUAGUCUUUGAGGUCCAUCUAUGGCUGUCAACCUCACUUUUUCAUCGUGCUUUCAGCCUUCAUGUACAAGCCACAGCUGCAAUCUGAAAGUGAUACCGUAGUUAAAUGUGAGUUGGCCUUGUCAUUCUUUUGCAAAUGGUUCCAUCACAUGUUUGCUCAGUCAGGGAUUUCAAUGUUCAUAAAGGCUCUGCAUGUUCUAUUAUUGCCUAGAAAUUGAACUAAAGAAAGAAGCAGAAGGAAUUAAAGCAGCCCCUUGGGAAUAGAUGAUCGGACAUUUAAUUGUACAGUCAUUGGAUGGCAGUUUGAAUUAGCACUGGAAGGCAGUUUGUUGGGUUAAUGCAAAUUAGAAUGUGAGUCCUGAAGUGCUAAAAAUUAAUUGGACACUUUUGGGAUGAGAAGCAGAUUUCCUCACAGCAAAACGGUUUAUUAGUACCAUAGAUAUUUUUCUUUUCUUUUUUGUAAUGCAGUUUGAUUUUUCUGUGCCUCAAGCUACUAGUAAAUGUGGAAGCUCCUUUCACUUUGGCAAUGAAUUCAAACCAGGUCAGCUUCAUUUUUUUUAAAAGUCAGUGUUCUUUCAUUGUUGUUUUUAAAGUAGAUACCUAAAGCUACCAUUUUCUCCUGCAUCCCAGGAAUGUUGUACAGGAAUGUUAUUCUCUGUACCCAAAAUGUAAAACAAGGGAAAGCUACAAUUCAAAUUUCUUACUAAUUUUGUUCUUGCUUACAAGACAAAAUUCUGCUUUUCCCUUGCAGUUUUUCCCUCUUCACUUUGGUGCCAAUUCAGCCUCAUGAGUUUUCUUAUUUUUUCAAAUUCUUCCAUGAAUCAUGUGGAUAAUAUAAAUCACAUACCUAAACUGAAAUACCUGGUGCUUUGCUGUGCAGACUAGGUGUGUGUACCUUUUGGAUCAGUCAGGUAGUCAUUCUGUGGGGAUGAUUUUUUUUUCAUAAAGAGAAAAGCCAUUAACAUUGCACAGAUAGAUUUUUUUCCACAGAGGAAAAAGGUGCCAUGGCUGCACAGACAGAUUUUCACACAACUUACAAAAACCUCUACAAAAAUCUAUCUGCUUCUGAGGGGCGAAUCUACACUAGCCCUAUACCUUGGUUCCAAUCAGGAAUUGUUCCUGGAUAUCCACACAAUGUCCAUGAAUCUCCAAUUGGUAAGAUGAGGUGAAACCAGUUUAUGUGAUUUUAUCCGACUUUAGAAGAAGUUGAAAAAUGUUCUGGUUUUCACCAAAACUCUGGAGCAGCCCCACGCUCCAGGAUAAUGUGGACAACUGGAUCAACUAUAAUUUGAAUCAUUUCAGUGUCUACAAAGCCAGGCACUACUUCCCUUUUUCCCUUGUGCUCUGCAACAUAGUGAAAAGUGGAUAGAUCAGUACCUGUUGUAGCAGCAUCUGGCCAAGAACUGCAGAGAUCUCCCUCCUAUUCCAUUGUUGUCAGCAAAAAUGCCUGGUGGCAGCCAGGAACAGGGCUUUGCACCAACUACUACACUACAAAGACCACAGUGAGUUAAGAGUCCAGUCUAUCUAUGGUCAGAACUCUGUGGCAUUUCAGUAGCUGAAUAUAAAUAGCUCAACUGAAUCUGGGGCUGGUCUGAAGCAGUUUCAGACCAGCCCUGGGUUUAAGUGACUGUGUAGAUAAGCCCUAAGUCAAGAAGUCUUGUAGAUGUUGAUGACAACUUGGCUUGCUGUCUCAGCAUGACUGAGAAAGCCUCUAUCAUCAUAUUUUACACUCCUAGUCUCAUAUAUACAAUUAUAUGAAUUGGAUAGUUAUCAUCCUGAAUAGAAAAAGAGUUAUUUAACAUCUGGAUAGUGGUCUUAUGUUAGCAGAAUCUGUUCCAGGUUUUCGUCUUUGAAGGAGCUGUCCAGAGUGCUGGCUCUAUUAAAGAGUAGAGAUCAGCAACUUAAAUUCUCCCUUUAAAUCUAAAUUCACCACCAUGAGCUGCCAAUUCAUCUUAUCACAAUAUAAUACUUGUUGCUUUCCUGCCCAUUGUGAUGGAGUGUAUUGUUGUACAAGAAAAGAUUCCAUACUCAUUACAAAGUUUCAUCAUGAUACCUUGUUAACCAUGGAACACCUUCUAAAUGUGGUUUACACGGUUUUAUUUCUUACCAUAGUUAAUGAUUUAAUUUAAUGGUUGCUGUGUGUUUUCCGGGCGGUAUGGCCAUGUUCCAGAAAUAUUCUUUCCUGACGUUUAAUUUAAUUUUGUUUCUUUUGAGCCAUCUUGGGGAAAGGCAUCAAUGAACUCUGUCACAGUGGUUUUUUUUGGCAACUUAUUCAUUGCUAAUUGAGUAAGGGAUUUUUUUUUUCACAUUUGAACUUCAUUUUGAACAUUAGGCUUGCCUUGUGACAGGUGAUAUAUAAAAAAUCUGAAGGCCAUUCAAGACAAUGAAUGUGGUGCGGAGAAAGUGAUUAUUUUGUGACACACAAACUGUUAUAAUGUCUGCUAUUUUUAAAAAGCAUAUUGCCUUCAUUGGUAAUUAAUGUAACCAUUUUAAUGCAACUCAAUAGGGAAAGCAUGUGGAGUAAAAUUGCCCAUAAUGAAAAGGCGACAAAGAGAGAUAACCUUGACAUUUUAAUGUGUUUAUGUUUCUCAAUUGUGGUCCUAUGUAGAAGUUUUGAAGCAAUGCAUUUACACUAGUAGGGCUGGCAUGCUGGAGCUAUGUUACACCAGAGUUAUACUAGGUUGCAUUGGUGCCCAGCUGACCUCCCUGCUUGUAAUUGUGUAGUUAUAGUCCCUCCACUAAAUGAGUUAGAAAUGAGUUAGAAAUUCACUAAAUGAAUUCCUAAAAUGUGCCACAGAUUGCACACUUACACAUCCUCAUUUAGGAUGCCACCUUUGUGUAACCUUCUACAAGACAUCUACUGCAAUGGAUGUAGUGCGUACCUUACACUACUGUUUUGUCACCUGAAGCCUCCUGCUUGAACAGUCAUCCUGCCACAUAAAGGCUCAGGACUCCUGCAAAAGUGGGUAAACCUUUAAUUAAGAAACUGAUUUUUUUUAAACCUGUAAAAGGAACCUCUAUGUCCUCAAGCACAAGUCUAUGACCAUGGAAUCACACUGGAGGAUUAAUAGAGAGACGGGUGUUCUCUCUGGAAUGUCUAGAUCCUCCAACGUGGCUCUGUGGUCAACUUUCAGCAAAAGGACCUAGGUUCCUAGAGAGGUCUAUGAACAAUCAAAUCUACAAAAGUCAAAUUCACACAGAUAAGGGCCAACAGUACAGUGGCAACAUUUUAGUGUUCAUUGUGGCUGCCACACAAUGGUCCAGUAGGUAAUUCAGAUAGUUCUCAUACUUUCCCCCUCAGCCCUCUCACAGUAGGGUAGCCUCUGUUGCCAUUUCUGGAAUGUAAUAGAUUUAGCUGGUAGUGCAAGUUGUGCCUGUGACUGACUUGCUACGAGAUCCUGGGAAAAGCAUUCUACCUCCCUAAUGGCUCUCCGUGCUCAUCAGUCAAAUGCAUAUAAUAAUAUCAAACUGCCUCACACUGAGAUUUAAUUGAGAAAUGAUUGCUCUGUGUUGGCAGACCCCUGCUAUAUGAAAGUCCUCUCAUAAAGUCCUUUCUUCAGCAUUUUCCCGUUAGCCUCCGAGCAACAUAUAUAAACAAAAUUGCAGUGUGACUGUUUUCAUUAAUAAAGAAAAAAAUCGAUGCAGCAGUUUCUCCCCUUAGGUAAAAGGUAAAGGAAGAGGAGGGGGAAAAGCUAUCCUUGUUUUGCUAGAAAAGCAGCCUCUCCCAUAGCACAUUAUUUUUCCCAAUGAGUCCACUGAGCCAGCUGCACACAAGUUGUAGUUCUUAAGCCUUAGGCAGUACAUGGCAUUUAAAAGCAAAGAGAUCAGACUUGGUAUUUUGGGAUAUAAAGCCAGGUAUCUAUGUAAAGGGAGCUGUGCCCAAAGGAGUGGCAGCUAAAGGUGACAUGCCACAAAAAGCAUCUUAGUCUGUAACCACAGUAGCUGUGGUUUGACACUUUUCAGUCAGCCCAGUGGUGCAAAUGCUGAAGAUUGUUUUCAUUGCAAAUGAUUAACAGUGAUGAGUUAUUAUGACUAUUGGCCUGUUGUGUUUUUACUGCACUUCUAGCAAUGAAAAUUGAAAUGUGAAACAUUUCACCAAAACAUUCAAAAGUUACUUUUGGGAGCUACAGUUUGCUAACGUCCCCAGUCAGAUAUUGUUUUUGUAAUCCAUAUGUGUGUGUGUGUGUGUGUUCAAGCUCUGCUUGCUAUUGUAUGUGAUAUAUGUAACUAGCUGUGCCCAGCCACACAUUGCUGUGGUGCCAUUCUAAGUGGGUUUUUGUUUGUGGAGUCAAGUAUGAAUGUUGUAAUUAGUCACCUUUAUUAGCACUGAAUGGUCUUGCAGCUUCAAAGCCUGAUUGUUUCCUCUCGGGGGAAUCCUUUGUUGGGAGGUGAGCUGGCCCUGAUUGUUUCCUGUCUGGAAUUGCCCUGUUUCUGAGUGUUGUUCUUUAUUUACUGUCCUGGUUGUAGUGUUUUGUAAUGCUGGGUGCCAGGUUUUGUUUAUUUUCAUGGUUCACAGCAACACAAAAUAAUAAUUGUAAUAAUAAUAAUAAUAAUAAUAAUAAUAAUAAUAAUAAUAAUAAUAAUAGCAAUAGUAAUAAUAAUAGUAAUAAUAAUGACUCUGAGGUGGGAGGUGUCCAGAGAAAGAGGGCAAUUGAAAGGAUGACUAAUCCCUCUGAGGAGCAUCUGAAAGUGCUGGGUCUGUUUACCUACAGAAGAGAAGAUUGAAAUGAGACAUGAGAGCCAUGAGAGCCAUGGAUAAAUACCAUCUGCUGCUCUUCCUCCUGAGAACAGCCAUUUUUCUCUCACCGGGAAAGGUCUCUCUUCUGAGGGGGAAAGGGGACGAGGUUUCCAGCCACAAGCCCCGCCCACCAUGGCAAUGUUUUGAGACAGUGGGGUUAGGCUCCGUGCGCAGCUGCAAGGUCCUCUGGGUAAUGUAGUUAUUUCAGAGUGUGUGUGUGUGUGGUGGGGGGGGAUGGGCUCUACACAUGAGGUAAGCAAUUGUGAGGUUUUGGCGGUUUUGUUAUUUGGUCUUUAUUUUCUAAGUUUAUCUGAUUGAAAGAUAUAGAUUGGCUGACUAUGUCUUUUGUGGCCAAAUUUGGUGUGAUUUGGUCCAGUAGUUUUGUUGUUUACUCCAUGGGAAAAACAUAUAUAUAUAUAUAUAUAUAUAUAUAUAUAUAUGGAUUGGGGGGAAAUAGCCAGAAAGCAUAUAGUGAAUGCAGGAAAGCUGUGUAUGUUACAAAUUGCACAAAUAAUUUCAAAUACUUAUAUAUACCAUAUUUACUCGAAUGUGAUGUGCAUCUAUUUUGACAUAAUGAGGAUAUUUAUUGCAUUCAAUGGUACAUUACAAUUACAUGCCAAAAGAUGCCUGUGCCCUUCCAUCAGCCAGAGCCUAGAAAACUCGCUGGCAUCGGCUUCCCUCCCCAAGCCCUGGUCUCUUUCAUUCCCCAGCCGAGAGGCAAAGGAGAAAGGGUGCCCCUUCCCUCCUCAAGCCACUUCUCCUUCAUCUCCCGGCUGAAAGGCGAAGGAGAAAGGGUGGCCCUCCCCAUCCCAAUUCCCAUUCUCCUUUGUCUCUCAGAUGAGAGGUGAAAGAGAAAGGGUGCCCCUUCCCAGCCUCUGCCUGGUGGAAGGGUGCUCCUUCCCCUUCCUUUUUUUAGAAAAAUCCUCUCUUUUUUUGAUAAUGCCCACCUCAAAAUUGAGGUGUACAUUACAUUUGAUGGUGCACUAAACUCAAGUAAAUAUCGUAAUAAUAGGAGUAACCACUUGGUGAUGUCAUUAGGCAUGAUAACUGAGGAUUAACCACAUUUACACAGAGAAUGCUGUUCAAAUACAAAAGUAUACAAUUACUACACAUUUAAGUAGAUACAUAGAUAUAUUUAGUCUUUCAAAGUGCUGUGGCCAGGUUAUUAAGUGAGGGCUGGCUACAGGGAGGUAACAACCCUUCUGUUGCAGCAGCCCCACUGGCUGCCAGUUUAUUUCUAGUCAGAAUUCAAAAUGUUAUUAAUGGCUUUUAAAGCUCUAUAUGGUUCAGGUCCGGGCUAUUUAGCUGAUGCAUCUUCUUCUACAAAUUGCCUGAACCCUAGAAUCUCCAGGAGAGGCCCUUUCUUCUCACAGUUCCACCUCUCUUGCAAGUUUGGUUGAUGGAAAUGCAAGAGAAAAUCUUCUCAGUGACUUUCCCUCGACUCUGGAACUCCCUGCCCAGGGAAACCAGAAUGCCACCCUCUCUGCAGUCCUUAUGGCAGCAGGCAAAAUAAAUAAAUAGAUAGGCUUUUAAAGAAGAAAGUUUUUAAGAUCAAGUCAAGGGUGCUGUGAGUUUGGCUAUGAUUAGGUUUUAAUUGGUUUUAAUGGUUUUACCCAUUUACAGUAGAGUCUCACUUAUCCAACGUUCUGGAUUAUCCAACGCAUUUUUGUAGUCAAUGUUUUCAAUGCAUUGUGAUAUUUUGGUGCUAAAUUCGUAAAUACAGUAAUUACUACAUUGCAUUAAUGUGUAAUGAACUACUUUUUCUGUCAAAUUUGUUGUAUAACAUGAUGUUUUGAUGCUUAAUUUGUAAAAUCAUAACCUAUUUUGAUGUUUAAUAAGCUUUUUCUUAAUCUCUCCUUAUUUUCCAACAUAUUUGCUUAUCCAAAGUUCUGCCGGCCCGUUUAUGUUGGAUAAGUGAGACUCUACUGUAUUUUUUUAAUAAGGUUUAUGUUUCAUUCUAUUUCAAUGCUGUAUAUUUUUAGGUUUUGUUGUGAGCCACUUUGAGUCUCUUUUUAGAGAGAUAAAGAGGAAUACAAAUCAUCAUCAUCAUCAUCAUCAUCAUCAUUCCUUCCAUUCUCCUGAAAAUUAGAGAAGAGGUUCUGAAAUUUGAGCCAGGUCCUGAGAUCUGGUGAACCUAAUAAUGCAUGAGAUCUGCUUCUCUGUUUUUGCGAUCUGGAACUGAAUAAGAACAUUGCUUAGUACUGGACAAAAAUGUCCAACUGCUUUUGUAGUGGUGCUUACAUAUAUGUGAACAACCAAAAAGAUCAAAGUUUUACAUAACAUUUCCGAAUAAGGUGAGGAAAUAGAUGCAUCAGGUGGAAUAUGGAUUGGAGAUCCUCACAUAUCUAAUCAGAAUGACAAUGUGUCACUAGUUAAGAAAACCCUUGUAGAGGCUGCCUAAAAAGCUGACAACUGUUGGCAGCCAGGAUAUUGCAGGCAAUUUAACAACAAAUCUGAAUGAAGGGGAAUCUCUGAGUUGCAAUUUGGAGCCAGAACAUGCAGCCCUUGUUAUUUAGUGUUGAAAUGAAAAAUAUGGCUGUAGUAGUAUCUUGCACUCCCCUUUCUCUGUCUCACUGGCUGUGGCACAAGGCUCCCACUGUAUGCAGUCUACCAUCACCUAUUACAUCAGGAAGAAAAAGGGAAGAUUGAAGAACAAGGAAAAAAGUUGUUUGGGGAACUCCAACUGCUUUGUUUUUCAAUGUUGAAAGAUGCGGGAUUGCAUUCUGACAAUAAAGAUUGGAGCUUUUGUUGUUGGGUUGUUGUAUGUCUUUCGGGCAGUGUGGCCAUGUUCCAGAAGUAUUCUCUCCUGAUGUUUCACCCACAUCUAUGGCAGGCAUCCUCAGAGGCUGUGAGGCAUGGAUAAACUAGGCAAGGAAAGGAAAAAAUAUAUAUCUGUGGAGAGUCCAGGGUGUGGCAAGAGUCCUUUGUCAUUGGGAAGCCAGCAUUAAUGUUUCAGUUAAUCACCCUAAUUAGCAUUGGAAAGGUUUUGUCUCUUGCCUGGGGGGCAUCCUUUGUUCAGUCAUUAGCCGUCCUUGGGGCUCCUCUGCCCUCAGAGUGUUGGUUCCCAUCUACUGUUUUGAUUUUAGAGUUUUUUAAUACUGGUAGCCCGAUUUUGUUCAAUUUCAUGGUUCCCUCCUUUCUGUUGAAGUUGUCCACAUGCUUGUGGAUUUCAAUGGCUUCUCUAUGUAGUCUGACAUGAUAGUUGUUGGAGUGGUCCAGCAUUUCUGUGUUCUUAAAUAAUAUACUGUGUCCAGGCUUGUUCAUCAAGUGCUCUGCUAUGGCUGAUUUCUCUGGUUGAAUUAGUCUGCAGUGCCUUUCAUGUUCUUUGACACUUGUUUGGGCGCUGCGUUUGGUGGUCCCUAUGUAUACUUGUCCACAGUUGCAUGGUAUCUGGUAGACUCCUGCAGAGGAGAGAGGAUCCCUCUUGUCCUUCACUGACCAUAGCAUUUGUUGGAUUUUCUUUGUGGGUCUGUAGAUAGUUUGUAGGUUGUGCUUCUUCAUCAGUUUGCCUCUGCGGUCAGUGGUUCCCUUGAUGUAUGGAAAGAACACCUUUCCUCUGGGUGGAUCUUUGUCUUGACUCUCAUGGCUUGUUCUUGGCCUUGCAGCUCUUCUGAUGUUCAGAUGUACUUCUGAGUAUCCAUUGGCCUGUAGAGCCCAGUUUAGGUGGUUUAGUUCACCUUGGAGGAGGUGAGGUUCGCAGAUUCUUUGUGCAUGGUCUGUCAGGGCUUUGAUUGUGUUCCUUUUUUGACUUGGGUGAUGGUUGGAGUUUUUAUGAAGGUAUCUAUCUGUGUGUGUAGAUUUUGUUGUUUUGUUUUUUUUUCAUGUCAGGAGCAACUUGAGAAACUGCAAGUCAUUUCUGCUGUGAGAGAAUUAACUGUCUGUAAGGAUAUUGUCCAGGGGAUGUUUUACCAUCCUGUGGAAGGAUGUAUCGAGCGCAUCUGCUUGUCCAGUUUUAUCCUUGGAGAGGCGAGACCGACUACAUGCAUCCUGGACCCCUGCCCAUCCUGGCUGGUGAGAGAAGCCAGAGGGGGAUUGGCUGAGUGGGUGAAGGUCGUGGUGAAUGCCUCCCUUCGGGAGGGCAAGUUUCCAGCGAGCCUAAAAAUGGCUGUGAUCAAGCCGCUGUUGAAAAAGCCAUCACUGGAUCCCACUCAAUUUGGAAACUUUCUGCCUAUCUCCAAUCUCCCCUAUUUGGGCAAGGUCCUGGAACAUGUGGUUGCCUCGCAGCUCCAGGGAAUCUUGGUUGACACUGAUUUUCUGGAUCCGGCACAGUCUGGCUUCAGGCCAGGGCAUGGUACCGAGACAGCCUUGGUCACCUUAGUCGAUGAUCUUAUUUAUUUAUUAUUUAUUUCCAUCAUUUCUAUGCCGCCCUUCUCACCCGAAGGGCGGCUCACAAUCUGGCAAAUUCAAUGCCGGUAUAGAGUACAAAAAUAAAACAUAACAAUUAAAACAAUCAAUUAAAAUAAUCCCAUAAAUACAUUUAAAACAGUACAAUAAUCUGGACCGAGUUAAAGCCAUCAUAAUUCAUUCAUUAAAUGCUUGUUUGCAAAGCCAGGUCUUCACCUUUUUUCUUCGCCGGGAACUGGACAGGGGGAGUGUGUCCCUUCUGGUUCUGCUGGACCUCUCAGCAGCCUUCGAUACCGUCGAUCAUGGUAUCGUUCUGGGACGCCUCGCGGGAAUGCGACUUGGAGGUACUAUUCUGCAGUGGCUCCACUCAUUCCUGGAGGGUUGGUCCCAGAUGGUGUCAUUGGGGGACGCCUGCUCAGCCCCACAACCAUUGACGCCUGCAGGGCUCUGUAUUGUCUCCCAUGUUGUUUAACAUCUACAUGAAGCUGCUGGGAGAGAUCAUCAAGAGUUUCGGGGUCCGGUGUCAUCUGUACGCAGAUGAUGUCCAGCUCUGUCACUCCUUCCCACCUGUCACUAAAGAAGGCUGUUCAGGUCCUGAACCGGUGCUUGGCCGCUGUGUCAGAUUGGAUGAAGGCCAAGAAAUUGAAACUGAAUCCAGACAAGACAGAGGUCCUCCUGGUCAGUCGGAAGGCCAAACAGGGUAUAGGGUUACAGCCUGUGCUGGAUGGGGUCACACUCACAGUCUGCAGGUUCGCAGUCUGUGGGUGAUCCUAGACUCAUCGUUGAGCCUGGAGCCCCAGGUCUCAGCGGUGGCUAGGGGAGCCUUCGCACAGUUAAAACUUGUGCGCCAGCUGCGACCAUACCUUGGGAAGCCGGACUUGGCCACGGUAGUCCACGCUCUCGUUACAUCCUGUUUAGACUACUGCAACACACUUUACGUGGGGCUGCCUUUGAAGACUGUUCGGAAGCUUCAAUUAGUCCAACGGGAGGCUGCCAGGUUAAUAACUGGAGCGGCGUUCAGGGAGCGUACUACUCCUCUGUUACGCCAGCUCCACUGGCUGCCGAUUAGCUACCGAGCACAAUUCAAGGUGUUGGCUUUAGCCUAUAAAGCUCUAAACGGUUCCGGCCCAGCUUAUCUGUCCGAACGUGUCUCCCGCUAUGACCCACCUCGAAGCUUAAGAUCAUCAGAUGAGGCCCUGCUCACGGUCCUGUCAGCAUCACAGGUGCGGCUGGCGGGGACGAGAGACAGGGCUUUUUUAGUAAUGGCUCCCCACCUAUGGAACGCCCUCCCCAUUGAAGUCAGGCAUGCUCCUUCCCUCCUAUCCUUCCGUAGGAAGGUUAAAACUUGGUUAUGGGGUCAGGCUUUUGAAUAAUAAUUGGCAGCAUUAAUUAUUAUUAUGUACGCUGGAACUCAAUCGACAGACCCAGUUUUUUGAACUGAACACGCCUACCUGUAUUUUAUAAUGUAUUUUAUGAAUACUGAUGUAAGUUAAUAAUAAUUUUUAACUGAUUUAUAUUGCACUGUAUAAUUUUUAUAUAUGCAUUUUAUUGUAAGCCGCCCUGAGUCCCCUGUUGGGUGAGAAGGGUGGGAUAUAAAUAUUGUAAUAAAUAAAAUAAAUAAAUUAUCUCAUGUCCCUGCAUGGGAAGUAGAGCUGACAGAUGGGAGCUCACCCCACACCCCGGAUUCAAACAACAGACCUUUCAGUCAGCAGUCCUGCCAGCACAAGGGUUUAACCUAUUGCGCCACCAAUAGUGGAUAGAAAUAGAAAAAACAUUAAUAAAAAAAAUGGUAUCCAUUUAUAGGAGUUUACACAUAUAUAUUAACAUUAUUUGAAAAUGUUUUUUAUAGAGGCCCAUAUUUGGACUUCUAACCUAUGCACAGGCAUUUGAUCCCCGUUUUGGAUUCUAGUUUUGUUUUCCAUUUUUUUCCUUCUUUCACAUUCCUUACUCUUUAUUUACAUAUGCUUUCAGACUCUGGAGUACAAUUUCCUUAGCUCAGUUCCUUUGCUGUGAAUCUAUAAAACUGAGAGUCUUCCCGUGGGGCUCUGUUGGGUAUCCAUUAAUUAUUAUGUAUCCAGCAAUUAGUAAUAGCACCUAAACUGGAGGGCUUUUUUUCCUUCUCCUCAUAAACGCAUGCUAUCAGAACACCAUGGCCCCAAUUACUAACUUGUGUCAAGCUGCAAUGAUUAAAGAAUUCAAAACUGGUUUUGAACACCCUCUCCUCAGCUCACCAUGAUUUUGGACAAAAGCCCAGAUGGAAAGUCGGGGAAGUAAAAUUAGUGGGAAGAGAAUUGAUUUGGUAAAAAUGACUCUUGCAUUUUUUUUUCCUUUUGGGAUGAGGCAUGAAGACUGAUAGUAUAGCUAAAUCAUUGUGGUUUUUAUAUUUCUCCAUGCCAACAUAUUUACUAUGAUAAAGAUAUCAUGGGUUACAUUGAAAAACACCUUGCUGUUGAAUGUUGCUUCCAUGAUUAUUUAGAGGGGAAUCCUGGAUGAGUGUAUCAUAGUAAAGCAUGAGACUUUUGGCGCUAUUUUUGUCAAUUAUUUUUAGCAGGGGCUAUACGCUUUGCAUGGUCUUUGUUUUUGCUGCCAAAGCAAACCUGCUGACUCUUCAUGAAAUGACCUAAAAGCUGUCAUACUCUAGAAAACACAUACAUAAACAGAACACAGCCAAGAUUUUCUUGUCAGUUGCUUUUAUAGUGGUACACGUGUAUAUAAGUGCAGAUAAAUAUGACUGUGUGGGGUGUGAGGAGCUGACAGCUUAAACAUUACAACUUGCUGCAUUAGAGGCACUGCUGAUGGACAAAAAUUGAAGCAGUUUUUGAAUCUUCAUUUGCUGAAGUAAAAGAAGCAGAAAGUGCCUUAUUUCUCACAAGGCUAUGUUUCCAAUGUUAUCUUAAAAACUUUACUUUUUGGAAGAGGCAAAGUCCUUUCAUCCACUCCAGACAGAGAAUAUGAACUGUCAUGGGGCAUGAAUGCCUCAAGAUAUAUUAUCUGUUUCCUGAUUAUUUCAUGAAUGGCACCUCCAUUGGGUACAUUCACACAGCUCUGCAACCCAGUUCUCCUUUCAUGAGAUGGACUCCUUCAAUAGUGUGUCAAAGUGUGCUCAUAGUGGUUCUGUAGCAUAAAUACUGAUCUCAGCACUCUGUCCGCCCCCUCAGAAUGCCUAUGUCCCUGUUAAUAUUUCAAAGGAAAGCACCUACCUUUGUAAAAAAAACAAACCCUCAAACCCAUUUCCUACUUUGCACAGGUUUGCACAGAUUCUUUCAAGUUUGUUGAUUGGAUGGGGGAGCUCAAAUCAUGAUAAUGAGGGAAAAUUACAUCUUCACUUUUUGACUGCCCUUUCAAGUAAGUCUUCUUGCUUAGAAAGUUGAAUUUGUGUAACUUAAUUCAUCCACUUCUCAAAGACUUGAUAUAUGAUGUGGCUAUGUAGUCAAGGUUUUUGUCAGUUUUGGUACUACCAGUGUAAUUAAGCUUAAUAUAUCUGUUCCUAUGAGGCCCCAGGUGGCACAGAGGCUUAAACCACUGAGCUGCUGAACUUGUGACCAAAAGGUCGACGGUUCGAAUCCGGGGAGUGGAAUGAGUGCCUGCUGUUAGCCUCAGCUUCUGCCAACCUAGCAGUUUGAAAACAGGCAAAUGUGAAUAGAUCAAUAGGUACCGCUCAGACGGGAAGGUAAUGGCGCUCCAUGCAGUCAUACCGGACACAUGACCUUGGCGGUGUCUACAGACAACACCUUCGGCUUAGAAAUGGAGAUGAGCACCAACUUAAUGUCAGGGGAAAACCUUUACCUUUACUAUGAGGAUAAUGUAUUCUGUCUCACACAUGUUUUCUUUGCUGUUUUUUUUUCCUUGUAGAGAAAAUGAAACCUGGGUUGAAAGUAAAAGAAAUAUGGGAGUAAAUGUAAAUCAAAGUAAAUAACACAAUUAUUUUUGUGUCUAACCGUUUUCUCCUUUUGCCAGCUUUGUUCACAGAGUGUUUCCUUCUUUUUCUCUCUCUCAUUCUGAUUUUAAAAUUGGAGAUGGUUAAUAAUAAUAAUAAUAAUAAUAAUAAUAAUAAUAAUAAUAAUAAUUUAUUUAUAUGCUACCCUAUCUUCUCAAGAGGACUCAGGGCCAUUUCCAGCAUAAGGCAAAACAUUCAAUUGUCAAAAGGAGACCAUACAACUAAGUUAAACAUAAUAAAACAAGAACAUACAAUUCCACUAAAACAAUCACAGCAGUGUCCUAGUUGACAACUGGGGGGAGGGGGACUAAUCCUGCUCGAAAACCUGCAGGAACCACCAGGUUUUCAGGUCCCUGCAGAAGGAGGACAGUGUAGGGGCUUGCCUGAUCUCUCUGGGGAGGGCAUCCCAGAGUGGGGGGGGGCACCACCGAGAAGGCCCUCUCCCUCAUCCCCACCAGCUGGGCUUGUGACAGUGGCAGAAGUGAGAAGAGGGCCUCCCCCAACAGAUCUUAGAGCCCACACCAGUUUCUAAGGGGAGAUGCAAUCAUGAAGAUAGACAGGGCCCGAACUGUUUACGGCUUUAUAGGUCAUCACCUGCAUCUUGAAUUGGGACCGGCAGCUUAUCAGCAGCCAGUGGAGCAACGUAUACCCUAUAUACCCUAAAGGCACCAAAUCCCAUCUGAUCUUGGAAGCUAAGUGGAGUCAACCAUCAUUAGCAUUUGGAUGUUAAUGAAUACCAGGAACUGUAGUCGAUAUUUCAGAUGGAGGAACUUGAGAAACCACCUCUAAAUAUUCAUUUACUAAGAAAUCCCUAUGAAAUUUAUGGGGUUGCCAUAAUUCAAGAAGCAACUUGAAAGCACAC